GUGUUGGUGAUGUAUUUGACUUGUAUAACCAGAGCACUCAAUCCCCCCUAAUUGAAGUCAUGUAGAUGACCAGCGGAACGUUGUGUAGUGUUUCAGGAUGGAAAUCCCAGUCAUGUGCAGCUCAGGCCCUGGGCAUAUCUCUGCUAAUCCUGAUGCAGGGAGAUCAGAUGUUUGUAAGGUGAAUCACUGGAUGAUGGCCUCCAUACAUCUGGAGAAAGACAGGCUCAUGGGUCCCAUGGGACUCCAGCCCUCCUGCUCCCAUGUCCAGUUCAAAGACAAUGAGAACAAUUGGGUUGGUGUUUAUAAGGCCUAUGUCUGUAUCAUUUUAAAACAGAGACACUCUACUCUAACCGGGAAUGCAGUGUGAAACACUCUCCUCCAUGCCCAAUGUACUCCUCCAGGCUAAAUUUAAACCCCUAUCUCCAAGCCUGUUUUCUAUCCAAAGGCAGAAUGAACCCCUAGCAUGAAAAGGAGUGGGAUAAGUGUGUGUAGCAUAUUUUAUUUGUCAUGUUUUUGUACCCUCUGAAUCAUCUCUCCUGUGUUCUAACGUACAUUCAGUAUGUUAGUGUGUGUGCAUACACUGUAAAAUUAUUAUUAAGUAACUGGUUCCACUGGUUUCACUUUUCAGUCAAAGUGUAACCUGAACUUAACAUUUUUAGUUGGCAUAAACUCCAAGUUGAGAAAACUUAGGCAAAAAUUAAGUCAACUUAAAAUGAUGUGUUUGCUCAACUUGACUCAUAUGUUCAUUCAACUAGAAAAUAUUAUUUGGGCAUCUUCACUAAAAAAAGCUGUGUAACUAGUUACACAGAUGGUGCUUUGACAUACAAUGUUUUCAACUUACAUAUUUCAAAUCCCAGGUGAGGACAUGUUGAAUAAUAAUAAUUGUAUAAAUGAACAUGCACAAUGUAAUCAUGUAAGGUAAAACAUUGCAUGUCAAAAGCACUGUGUGUGUGUAUCCAGUGCCACAGCCUUUUGUUAAGAUGCCUAAAUAAUCAUUUCUAUUUGAAUGAACAUAUGAGACAAGAUGGAGCCAAGUUUGGGCCAGCUAAACAUUUUAAGAUCAGGUAACACUUUGAUCGAAAGAUAAAAGUAAAAAAAAAAAAAGUAACUUUGAAUGACACUGAGGGGCAACGUUGUUACAUCUAAUGCCUGUUUGCCUGAGGAUGAUGCCGUGCAGGUGUUUGUACACGUGUACACAUACAUAUACACACACUUGCGUUCAAACGCACACACGUGCACACACAUACACACAUGUAAAAAGUGCCAUACAUGCACUCAAAACGUAUUCAGUUGGCUUUGCUGUUAUGAUUUUUGUGGCCGAUAGGUCGCUGGUUCGGGUCCCAGUUUUGACCUUGUGGGAGAUCUGUGAACGUGCCCUUGGGCGGGGCGUUGACCCUGGUUGCUUCUGUGGGUCGCUCUGGAUGGGAGUCUGUUAGAUGGCUAAAUGUAAUGUAAAUGUUGAGCGGCUUCACUGCAGUUAGAUUGUAUGUUUUAAUAUUCAAUAUAUAUAUAUUUUUUUUACCCACUUUGAUCGAAAAGUUGAGUAUACUAAAAAGACUCGAAUCAGUUACUUAAUAAUUAUUAGUUGAAACAACUAGAAUAUUUGUACAGUGUGUGUACGUAUGUGUGUGUCUCAUCCUCUUAAUCCCACAUCCAUUAGUAAUGACGGAGGACUGCUGUAUUGUAAUGAGAGGACUCUGUAGCCCCAGGCUAGGUGUCCUACCGCUGGGAUGGGCUGUUUAAUUCUCCCCUCUCCUGUACGGACGGGCUGGUUUUCAGAGAGCUAAUGACAUAGUCUGCAAGCCAAGGCCUGGCUCCAUGUACUACUUACCACUCCCAUCAAUAUUCAUAGAUGAGAUGUCUUGGCAUUUCAGUAUUCAUUCAUAUGUUGCUUUAAUAUUCAUGCAGACUGCUCUGAAGCCAAUCGCCUCCAGGAGAUCAGGUAGAUUGCCCUUGCCCAAGGGUAGUAAAGAAGCAGAGAUUUAUGUAAUAGUCCCCAGACAUGCAUCACUAGUUUAUAUAAUCAGUGCUUGACUUGGGCAGGAGCUCAGUACUGACACCUCAAAUUUCUACUGCUUGAGCUCCUGUUCCUCUUAUAGAAUAUUAGCUCAAAAGUAUUGUGGAGCUCCUGCACAUUAAUGUAAACAGUACCGGCACACAAAAUGAAUACCGGCACCUAUUUCAGUCCAGGUCAAGUACUGUAUAUGACACGCAGGUUAAAAUAUCAAAACCAAUUGUGAACCAAUGAUAUUAAUUUGGGAGCAGGUCGAAACACACAUGAAACAUUCAUGGACAUUUAGCUAGCUAGCUGUUGCUCUCCUCGUUUGUCUUUCAAGCUUCCACGUGGGUUUGUAUCUUCCUGAUAUCCAGUAAAGAAGGGACUUGCAGAACCAAGUUCUAUUUUAGGGCUUGGCUACACAGACGCUCGUUCACGUGCACGAGCGGAGUAGGAGAAAUGAUUGAAUAACGUGUGUACAUUUAUUUUGCAACGUUCACGCACGCAACGUCUCUUUCUUUCUGUCAAAGAGGUCUAAGCUCCUGUCCCUCUUACCCUUUACUGGUGCUGACGAAGAUGGCGGCCUCGCGACUAGCUCUUAGGAAACUUUGCGGUAUUUUGUUUUUUUAUGCGUUAUUUUUUACAUUAUUAGCUCAGAAAGUGUUUUGUAUCAUUUCAUACAGCCGGGAAAAACUAUUGGAUAUCAGACCGGCGGUAACUCACCAGCAUUACGACCAGGAAUACGACUUUCCCGAAGCAGAUCCUUUGUUUGCUCUCCCCAGGGCAAUUGAACUGAUUCCAGCGGCUGACCCAAAACAUCGCCGGCGGAGGAGAGGCAUUCGGAGCGGCCUGCUGGUUCGACUUAGGAGGCGUGCACACCACCCACCGCUUCCAAAUAUACUACUCGCUAAUGUUCAGUCUCUGGUUAACAAGGUCGGCGAGCUCCGGGCAAGGAUUUCUUUCCAGAGAGACAUCAAGGCCUGUAACAUACUUUGUUUCACGGAAACAUGGCUCUCUGGGGUUAUACUGUCAAAAUCGGUCCAGCCAGAUGGGUUCUCAGUUCAUCGCGCAGACAGGAAUAAAUAUCUCUCCGGGAAGCAGAAGGGUGAAGGUGUGUGUUUCAUUAUUAACGACUCAUGGUGUAAUUGUAGUAACAUACAGGAACUCAAGUCCUUUUGUUCACCCGACCUAGAAUACCUCACAAUCAAAUGCUGACCGUAUUAUCUCCCAAGAUAAUUUUCUUCGGUUAUAGUCACGGCCGUGUAUAUCCCCCCUCAAGCCGAUACCACGACGGCCCUCAAAGAACUUCACUGGACUUAUGCAAACUGGAAACCACAUAUCCUGAGGCUGCAUUUAUUGUAGCCGGGGAUUUUAACAAAGCAAAUUUGAGGACAAAGCUGCCGAAGUUCUAUCAACAUAUCGACUGUUGUACUCACGCUGCCAAAAUCCUCGACCAUUGCUAUUCGAACUUCCGGGAUGGUUAUAAGGCCCUCCCCCGCCCUCCUUUCGGCAAAUCUGACCACGACUCCAUUUUGCUCCUCCCUUCCUAUAGGCAGAAACUCAAACAGGAAGUACCCGUGCUAAGGACUAUUCAGCGCUGAUUUGACCAAUCGGAAUCCACGCUUCAAGAUUGUUUUGAUCACGCGGACUGGGAUAUGUUCCAGGUAGCUUCCGAAAAUAAUUUAGACGAAUACACUGAAACGAUGACUGAGUUUAUCAGGAAGUGUAUAGGUGAUGUUGUGCCCACUGUGACUAUUAAAACCUACCCUAACCAGAAACCGUGGCUAGAUGGCAGCAUUCGUGCAAAACUGAAAGCGCGAACCACCGCCUUUAACCAUGGCAAGGUGACUGGGUAUAUGGCAGAAUGCAAACAGUGUAGCUAUUCACUCCGCAAGGCAAUUAAACUGGCAAAACAUCAGUAUAGAGACAAAGUGGAGUCGCAAUUCAACGGCUCAGACAUGAGACGUAUGUGGCAGUGUCAACAGACAAUCAUGGACUACAAAAAGAAAACCAGCCACGUCGCCGACACCGACGUCUCGAGUCCAGACAAGCUAAACUCCUUCUUCGCCCGCUUUGAGGAUAACACAGUGCCACCGACGAGGCCCACUGCCAAGGACUGUGGCCUCUCCUUCUCCGUGGCCAACGUGAGUAAGACAUUUAAGCAUGUUAACCCCCCGCAAGGCUGCCAGCCCAGACAGCAUCCCUAGCCGCGUCCUCAGAGCAUGCGCAGAACAGCUGGCUGGUGUGUUUACGGACAUAUUCAAUCUCUCCCUUUCCCAGUCUGCUGUUCCCACAUGCUUCAAGAUGUCCACAAUUGUUCCUGUACCCAAGAAAGCAAAGGAAACUGAACUAAAUGACUAUCGCCCCGUAGCACUCACCUCUGUCAUCAUGAAGUGCUUUGAGAGUAGUCAAGGAUCAUAUCACCUCUACCUUACCUGUCACCCUAGACCCACUUCAAUUUGCUUACCGCCACAAUAGAUCCACAGACGAUGCAAUCGCCAUCACACUGCAUACUGCCCUAUCCCAUCUGGACAAGAGGAAGACCUAUGUAAGAAUGCUGUUCAUUGACUAUAGCUCAGCAUUCAACACCAUAGUACCCUCCAAGCUCAUCAUUAAGCUCGUGGCCCUGGGUCUGAACCCCGCCCUGUGCAACUGGGUCCUGGACUUCCUGAUCGCUGCCCCCAGGUGGUGAAGGUAGGAAACAACUUCUCUACUUCGCUGAUCCACAACACUGGGGCCCCACAAGGGUGUGUGCUCAGCCCCCUCCUGUACUCCCUGUUCACCCAUGACUGCGUGGCCAACCACACCUCCAACUCAAUCAUCAAGUUUGCAGACGACACAACAGUAGUAGGCUUGAUUACCAACAAUGACGAGACCGCCUACAGGGAGGGCUCAGGGAGUGUGGUGCCAGGAAAAUAACCUCUCACUCAACGUCAACAAAACAAAGGAGAUGAUCGUGGACUUCAGGAAACAGCAGAGGGUGCACCCCCCUAUCCACAUCGACGGGACCACAGUGGAGAAGGUGGAAAGCUUCAAGUUCCUUGGCGUACACAUCACUGACAAACUGAAAUGGUCCACCCACACAGACAGUGUGGUGAAGAAGGCGCAACAGAGCCUCUUCAACCUCAGGAGGCUGAAGAAAUUUGGCUUGGCACCUAAAACCCUCACAAACUUUUACAGAUGCACAAUUGAGUGCAUCCUGUCGGGCUGUAUCACCGCCUGGUACAGCAACUGCACCGCCCGUAACUGCAGGGCUCUCCAGAGCGUGGUGCGGUCUGCUAAACGCAUUACCGGGGGCAAACUACCCGCCCUCCAAGACACCUACAGCACCCGAUGUCACAGGAAGGCCAAAAAGAUCAUCAAGGACAUCAAUUACCCGAGCCACUGCCUGUUCACCCUGCUGUCAUCCAGAAGGCGAGGUCAGUACAGGUGCAUCAAAGCUGGGACCGAGAGAAUGAAAAACAGCUUCUAUCUCAAGGCCAUCAGACUGUUAAAUAGCCAUCACUAUCACAUUAGAGGCUGCGGCUGCCUAUUGAAAUCACUGGCCACUUUAAGAAAUGGAACACUAGUCACUUUAAUAAUGUUUACAUAUCUUGCAUUACUCAUCUCAUAUGUAUAUACUAUAUUAUAUUCUAUAAUAUUCUACUGUAUCUUGGUCCAUGCCGCUCUGUCAUUGCUUGUCCAUAUAUGUAUAUAUUCUUAAAUUCCAUUCCUUACUAGAUUUGUGUGUAUUGGGUAUAUGUUGUGAAGUUGUUAGAUAUUACUUGUUAGAUAUUACUGCACUGUCGGAGCUAGAAGCAGAAGCAUUUCGCUACACCCGCAAUAACAUCUGCUAAACACGUGUAUGUGACAAAUACGAUUUGAUUUGAUUUGAUUUGUGCUGCCCACCUGGCGUCUGGCUGGGUAAUGGGAUGGAGUACCCUGCCCUGAAUCUUGGACACUGUCACUAGCCGGCUACCACCCGUUACUCUACCCUGCAGUAUGUACAUAGUCAUUGAACACUGGUCACUUUAAUAAUGUUUAAAUACUAUUUUACCCACUUUACAGUGAGGGAAAAAAGUAUUUCAUCCCCUGCUGAUUUUGUACGUUUGUCCACUGACAAAUAAAUGAUCAAUCUAUAAUUUUAAUGGUAGGUUUAUUUGAACAGUGAGAGACAGAAUAACUGAUUUGCAUUUUAAUGAGGGAAAUAAGUAUUUGACCCCUCUCAAUCAGAAAGAUUUCUGGCUCCCAGUUGUCUUUUAUACAGGUAACGAGCUGAGAUUAGGAGCACACUCUUAAAGGGAGGGCUCCUAAUCUCAGCUUGUUACCUGUAUAAAAGACACCUGUCCACAGAAGCAAUCAGUCAAUCAGAUUCCAAACUCUCCACCAUGGCCAAGACCAAAGAGCUCUCCAAGGAUGUCAGGGACAAGAUUGUAGACCUACACAAGGCUGGAAUGGGCUACAAGACCAUCGCCAAGCAGCUUGGUGAGAAGGUGACAACCGUUGGUGCGAUUAUUCGCAAAUGGAAGAAACACAAAAUAAAUGUCAAUCUCCCUCGGCCUGGGGCUCCAUGCAAGAUCUCACCUCGUGGAGUUGCAAUGAUCAUGAGAACGGUAAGGAAUCAGCCAAGAACUACACGGGAGGAUCUUGUCAAUGAUCUCAAGGCAGCUGGGACCAUGGUCUACAAGAAAACAAUUGGUAACACACUACGCCGUGAAGGACUGAAAUCCUGCAGCGCCCGCAAGGUCCCCCUGCUCAAGAAAGCACAUAUACAGUGGGGAAAAAAGUAUUUAGUCAGCCACCAAUUGUGCAAGUUCUCCCACUUAAAAAGAUGAGAGAGGCCUGUAAUUUUCAUCAUAGGUACACGUCAACUAUGACAGACAAAUUGAGAUUUUUUUUCCAGAAAAUCACAUUGUAGGAUUUUUAAUGAAUUUAUUAGCAAAUUAUGGUGGAAAAUAAGUAUUUGGUCACCUACAAACAAGCAAGAUUUCUGGCUCUCACAGACCUGUAACUUCUUCUUAAGAGGCUCCUCUGUCCUCCACUCGUUACCUGUAUUAAUGGCACCUGUUUGAACUUGUUAUCAGUAUAAAAGACACCUGUCCACAACCUCAAACAGUCACACUCCAAACUCCACUAUGGCCAAGUCCAAAGAGCUGUCAAAGGACACCAGAAACAAAAUUGUAGACCUGCACCAGGCUGGGAAGACUGAAUCUGCAAUAGGUAAGCAGCUUGGUUUGAAGAAAUCAACUGCGGGAGCAAUUAUUAGGAAAUGGAAGACAUACAAGACCACUGAUAAUCUCCCUCGAUCUGGGGCUCCACGCAAGAUCUCACCCCGUGGGGUCAAAAUGAUCACAAGAACGGUGAGCAAAAAUCCCAGAACCACACGGGGGGACCUAGUGAAUGACCUGCAGAGAGCUGGGACCAAAGUAACAAAGCCUACCAUCACUAACACACUACGCCGCCAGGGACUCAAAUCCUGCAGUGCAGACGUGUCCCCCUGCUUAAGCCAGUACAUGUCCAGGCCCGUCUGAAGUUUGCUAGAUUGCAUUUGGAUGAUCCAGAAGAGGAUUGGGAGAAUGUCAUAUGGUCAGAUGAAACCAAAAUAGAACUUUUUGGUAAAAACUCAACUCGUCGUGUUUGGAGGACAAAGAAUGCUGAGUUGCAUCCAAAGAACACCAUACCUACUGUGAAGCAUGGGGGUGGAAACAUCAUGCUUUGGGGCUGUUUUUCUGCAAAGGGACCAGGACAACUGAUCCGUUUAAAGGAAAGAAUGAAUGGGGCCAUGUAUCGUGAGAUUUUGAGUAAAUACCUCCUUCCAUCAGCAAGGGCUUUGAAGAUGAAACGUGGCUGGGUCUUUCAGCAUGACAAUGAUCCCAAACACACCGCCCGGCAACGAAGGAGUGGCUUCGUAAGAAGCAUUUCAAGUUCCUGGAGUGGCCUAGCCAGUCUCCAGAUCUCAACCCCAUAGAAAAUCUUUGGAGGGAGUUGAAAGUCCGUGUUGCCCAGCGACAGCCCCAAAACAUCACUGCUCUAGAGGAGAUCUGCAUGGAGGAAUGGGCCAAAAUACCAGCAACAGUGUGUGAAAACCUUGUGAAGACUUACAGAAAACAUUUGACCUGUGUCAUUGCCAACAAAGGGUAUAUAACAAAGUAUUGAGAAACUUUUGUUAUUGACCAAAUACUUAUUUUCCACCAUAAUUUGCAAAUAAAUUCAUUAAAAAUCCUACAAUGUGAUUUUCUGGAUUUGUUUGUUGUUAUUCUCUCACUGUUCAAAUAAACCUACCAUUAACAUUUUAGACUGAUCAUUUCUUUGUCAGUGGGCAAACGUACAAAAUCAGCAUGGGAUCAAAUACUUUUUUCCCUCACUGUAUAUUGUAUAUUGUAUUCUAGUAUAUAAUGUAUUCUAGUGCCUUCAGAAAAGAUUCACACCCCUUGACAUUUCCACAUUUGGUUGUGUUACAGCCUGAAUUUAAAAUAGAUUACAUUUAGAUUGUUUAUCAAUACCCUACACACAAUACCCCAUAAUGUCAAAGGGGAAUUAUGUAUUUCGACAUUUUUACAAAUUGAAAGCUGAAAUGUCUUGAGUCAAUAUGUAAUCAACCCCUUUCGUUAUGGCAAGCCUACAGAAGUUCAAGAUUAAAAAUGAGUUUAACAUGUCACAUAAUAAGUUGCAUAGACUACUCUGUGUGCAAUAAUAGUGUUUAACAUGAUUUUUUAAAUGACUACCUCAUCCCACACAUACAAUUAUCUGUAAGGUCCCUCAGUCGAGCAGUGAACACAGAUUCAACCACAAAGACCAGGGAGAUUUUCCAUUGCCUCGCAAAGGGCACCUAUUGGUAGAUGGGUACAAAUAAAAAAAUCUGACAUUGAAUAUCCCUUUGAGCAUGGUGAAGUUAUUAAUUAUACUUUGGAUGGUGUAGCAAUACUCCAAGUCACUACAAAGAUACAGGCGUCCUUCCUAACUCAGUUGCCGGAGAGGAAGGAAACCUCUCAGGGAUUUCACCGUAAGGCCAAUGGUGACUUUAAAAUAGUUACAGAGUUUUUAAUGGCUGUGAUAGGAGAAAACUGAGGAUGGAUCAACAACAUUGUAGUUACUCCACAAUACUAACCUAAUUGACAGAGUGAAAAGAAGAAAUAAAAAUAUUCCAAAACAUGCGUCCUGUUUGCAACAAGGAACCAACUACUUCUCAGAUAGAGUUCAUUGUGUCAAAUCGGAGGGCCUGUUGUCUGGACCUAUGGCAGUCUCUAUGGGGGUGCCACAGGGUUCAAUUCUUGGGCCGACUCUUUUCUCUAUGUAUAUCAAUGAUGUCGCUCUUGCUGCUGGUGACUCUUAGAUCCACCUCUACGCAGACGACACCAUUUUGUAUACAUCUGGCCCUUCAUUGGACACUGUGUUAACAAACCUCCAAACGAGCUUCAACGCCAUACAACACUUCUUCCAUAGCCUCCAACUGCUCUUAAACACAAGUAAAACUAAAUGCAUGCUCUUCAAUCGAACGCUGCUGGCACCCGCCCACCCGACUAGAAUCACUACUCUCGAUGGGUCUGACCUAGAGUAUGUGGACAACUACAAAUACCUAGGUGUCUGGUUAGACUGUAAACUCUCCUUCCAGACUCACAUUAAUCAUCUCCAAUCCAAAGUUAAAUCUAGAAUCGGCUUCCUAUUUCGCAACAAAGCCUCCUUCACUCAUGCUGCCAAACAUGCCCUCGUAAAACGGACUAUCCUACCGAUCCUUGACUUCGGCGAUAUCAUUUACAAAAUAGCCUCCAAUACUCUACUCAGCAAAUUGGAUGUAGUCUAUCACAGUGCCAUCCGUUUUGUCACCAAAGCCCCAUAUACUACCCACCACUGUGACCUGUACGCUCUUGUUGGCUGGUCCUCACUACAUAUUCGUUGCCAAACCCACUGGCUCCAGGCCAUCUAUAAAUCACUGCUAGGCAAAUCCCCGCCUUAUCUUAGCUCAUUGGACACCAUAGCAACACCCACCCGUAGUAUGUGCUCCAGCAGGUAUAUCUCACUGGUCAUCCCCAAAGCCAACACCUCCUUUGGCCACCAUUCCUUCCAGUUCUCUGCUGCCAAUGACUGGAACGAACUGCAAAAAUCUCUGAAGCUGGAGACUUUUAUCUCCCUCACUAACUUUAAGCAUCAGUUGUCAGAGCACCUUACCGAUCACUGCACCUGUACACAGCCCAUCUGAAAUUAGCCCACCCAACUACCUCAUCCCCAUAUUGUUAUUUAUUUUGCUAAUUUGCACCCCAGUAUCUCUAUUUGCACAUCAUCUCUUGCACAUCUAUCAUUCCAGUGUUAAUACUAAUUGUAAUUAUUUUGCACUAUGGCCUAUUUAUUGCCUUACCUCAAUAACUUGCUACAUUUGCACACACUGUAUAUAUAUUUCUGUUGUAUUUUCUUUUGACUUUAUAUUUUGUUUUACCCCAUAUGUAACUCUGUGUUGUUGUUUUUUAUCGCACUGCUUUGCUUAUCUUGGCCAGUCACAGUUGUAAAUGAGAACUUUGUUCUCAACUGGCUUAACCUGGUUAAAAUAAAGUUGCAAUAAACCAAUAUAUAAAAGGUGUUAUUGAAUGUGUCACUGUCCUGUCACAUUGAGUCCUAAAAAAUGUAUCGCGACCUGUGCACCUACGUUGUAAAACUUUCAUAGUCGUAACGCUAGGUUGUAGCAACAUCAUGAUGUGGUAUAGGAAAAAAUGUUGGGUGUGUAUCAUGGUAGUAGACUAAACCGAUCGUUUGUUCACAUUGAGCUAGGUGAAUGGAAAAUGAAUGAGUCAUCCAAGUGUGCUUGUAAGAGCCAAUAAGGCCAUGUUCAGUUUAAAAAGAAUCGCGUCCUCCCUCAUCGGCUAAAUUGGCACCGGCCGCCCACUGCUAUAAACCAUUCACACAUAUAUAUUUAUAAUUCCCAGAAGCUAAUUUCCUGCAAUUCCUACCCAUUUUGCCAUGGUGUUUUUUGUAUUGUGUAUGUUAAAUAUGUCGAGAAAUAAUUCUUGACACUAGCUCUUUUUAAAUGAUUUUAAAACCAUUUAGUUACCCAUUUAUACACCCGCAUUUUUAGAAUACGGGAUUUUGAAUUUUACUCAUUAUAACUUUUUACAAUCAUUUUUAGUUAUUUGUGGUCAAUACAUCUGGUUUAAUACUAUAUACAGAUGCUUUUUUACUGUUACUGGCAUUUGGCUUUUAAUUUUUGGUUUAGUUACUUUUCUUUAUUUUUAUUUUUUCAGUUUUUUUUGUUGGAUUAUUGUGUACUUUUUUUGUAUUUUAUUGCUUUUUUAGGCUAUUAAAUAACAUUUGCGAAAACCCGCUUUUAAAAAUUCCCAAAAAUCCGUUUUUAAACGUGACCAAUAAACUUUGAUUUUUUUUUUGUUUGGGUGCUGAGGGGCAGCAAAGUUAGCGGAUAGCCCUACAGGCCUCCCCCCGUGUCCCUGGUUCGGUCUGCUGCGGAAGACGAGUUUCACUGGUGUGUGUGGUGUGAAGUGAGUAGCCUAGUUCACAACUUUAGUUUUUUCUGUUUUUUUGGGUGGGGGGAAAGAAGGAUAGUUUCCCGUACAAAACUAAAUUGGAAUGGACAAAAAAUGGAAGCGCCCCCUCUUUCAAAAUUACAAUCCUUUUUCUGAAAGCGAAAAAACAAAAACCGGGGGGGGGUGUUAACUGUUUUCAUGGUUCUUGAUUAAUGAGAACAAAUUUUAUCCUGUUUUACACUGAAACUGCCCUGAAGUAACCUUGUAAAGACAGGGGAAAUGGUAUUACGUAUGUUUCCAUCACGUAUAGUCGGGAAUCAUUUUUCCCCAACCCGUUUGUCAUCUUAAAUUUCCCAAAAUUUUGGCCGUUCCUAGAGGGGGAAAUGUGGGGAAGGGUAAAAAAAUGUUUUCCGGAAAAAUUUUUCCUUUUUUUUUCGGGCCCCCCCCCUUUUGGCUAAAACCCGGUUGGGUUGUGAAGGGGGUUUUAAUUUUCACUGUUUCUUUAUUUGCUUUUGCCCCCCUGGGACCCGCCACCGACUAGAAUCACUACUCCGAUGGUGACCUAGAGUAUGUGGACAACUACAAAUACCUAGGUGUCUGGUUAGACUGUAAACUCUCCUUCCAGACUCACAUUAAUCAUCUCCAAUCCAAAGUUAAAUCUAGAAUCGGCUUCCUAUUUCGCAAACAAAGCCUCCUUCACUCAUGCUGCCAAACAUGCCCUCGUAAAACGGACUAUCCUACCGAUCCUUGACUUCGGCGAUAUCAUUUACAAAAUAGCCUCCAAUACUCUACUCAGCAAAUUGGAUGUAGUCUAUCACAGUGCCAUCCGUUUUGUCACCAAAGCCCCAUAUACAGUGGGGAAAAAAAGUAUUUAGUCAGCCACCAAUUGUGCAAGUUCUCCCACUUAAAAAGAUGAGAGAGGCCUGUCAUUUUCAUCAUAGGUACACGUCAACUAUGAAAGACAAAAUGAGAAAAAAAAAAUCCAGAAAAUCACAUUGUAGGAUUUUUAAUGAAUUAUUUGCAAAUUAUGGUGGAAAAAAGUAUUUGGUCAAUAACAAAAGUUUCUCAAUACUUUGUUAUAUACCCUUUGUUGGCAAUGACACAGGUCAAACGUUUUCUGUAAGCGUUCACAAGGUUUUCACACACUGUUGCUGGUAUUUUGGCCCAUUCCUCCAUGCAGAUCUCCUCUAGAGCAGUGAUGUUUUGGGGCUGUCGCUGGGCAACACGGACUUUCAACUCCCUCCAAAGAUUUUCUAUGGGGUUGAGAUGUGGAGACUGGCUAGGCCACUCCAGACCUUGAAAUGCUUAUUACGAAGCCACUCCUUCGUUGCCCGGGCGGUGUGUUUGGGAUCAUUGUCAUGCUGAAAGACCCAGCCACGUUUCAUCUUCAAUGCCCUUGCUGAUGGAAGGAGGUUUUCACUCAAAAUCUCAUGAAACAUGGCCCCAUUCAUUCUUUCCUUUAAACGGAUCAGUCGUCCUGGUCCCUUUGCAGAAAAACAGCCCCAAAGCAUGAUGUUUCCACCCCCAUGCUUCACAGUAGGUAUGGUGUUAUUUGGAUGCAACUCAGCAUUAUUUGUCCUCCAAACACGACGAGUUGAGUUUUUACCAAAAGUUAUAUUUUGGUUUCAUCUGACCAUAUGACAUUCUCCCAAUCCUCUUCUGGAUCAUCCAAAUGCACUCUAGCAAACUUCAGACGGGCCUGGACAUGUACUGGCUUAAGCAGGGGGACACAUCUUGCACUGCAUGAUUUGAGUCCCUGGCGGCGUAGUGUGUUACUGAUGGUAGGCUUUGUUACUUUGGUCCCAGCUCUCUGCAGGUCAUUCACUAGGUCCCCCCGUGUGGUUCUGGGAUUUUUGCUCACCGUUCUUGUGAUCAUUUUGACCCCACGGGGUGAGAUCGUGCGUGGAGCCCCAGAUCGAGGGAGAUUAUCAGUGGUCUUGUAUGUCUUCCAUUUCCUAAUAAUUGCUCCCACUGUUGAUUUCUUCAAACCAAGCUGCUUACCUAUUGCAGAUUCAGUCUUCCCAGCCUGGUGCAGGUCUACAAUUUUGUUUCUGGUGUCCUUUGACAGCUCUUUGGUCUUGGCCAUAGUGGAGUUUGGAGUUGUGACUGUUUGAGGUUGUGGACAGGUGUCUUUUAUACUGAUAACAAGUUCAAACAGGUGCCAUUAAUACAGGUAACGAGUGGAGGACAGAGGAGCCUCUUAAAGAAGAAGUUACAGGUCUGUGAGAGCCAGAAAUCUUGCUUGUUUGUAGGUGACCAAAUACUUAUUUUCCACCAUCAUUUGCAAAUAAAAUCAUUAAAAAUCCUACAAUGUGAUUUUCUGGAUUUUUUUUCCUCAAUUUGUCUGUCAUAGUUGACAGGCCUCUCUCAUCUUUUUAAGUGGGAGAACUUGCACAAUUGGUGGCUGACUAAAUACUUUUUCCCCCCACUGUACUACCCACCACUGUGACCUGUACGCUCUUGUUGGCUGGUCCUCACUACAUAUUCGUUGCCAAACCCACUGGCUCCAGGCCAUCUAUAAAUCACUGCUAGGCAAAUCCCCGCCUUAUCUUAGCUCAUUGGACACCAUAGCAACACCCACCCGUAGUAUGUGCUCCAGCAGGUAUAUCUCACUGGUCAUCCCCAAAGCCAACACGUCCUUUGGCCACCAUUCCUUCCAGUUCUCUGCUGCCAAUGACUGGAACGAACUGCAAAAAUCUCUGAAGCUGGAGACUUAUCUCCCUCACUAACUUUAAGCAUCAGUUGUCAGAGCACCUUACCGAUCACUGCACCUGUACACAGCCCAUCUGUAAUUAGCCCACCCAACUACCUCAUCCCCAUAUUGUUAUUUAUUUUGCUAAUUUGCACCCCAGUAUCUCUAUUUGCACAUCAUCUCUUGCACAUCUAUCAUUCCAGUGUUAAUACUAAUUGUAAUUAUUUUGCACUAUGGCCUAUUUAUUGCCUUACCUCAAUAACUUGCUACAUUUGCACACACUGUAUAUAUAUUUCUGUUGUAUUUUUUUAAACUUUAUAUAUUUUUUUACCCCAUAUGUAACUCUGUGUUGUUGUUUUUUAUCGCACUGCUUUGCUUUAUCUUGGCCAGGUCACAGUUGUAAAUGAGAACUUGUUCUCAACUGGCUUACCUGGUUAAAUAAAGGUUAAAUAAAAAAUAUAUAAAAGGUGUUAUUGAAUGUGUCACUGUGUCACAUUGAUUGCUAAAAAAUGUAUCUCGACCUGUGCACCUACGUUGUAAACUUUCAUUCGUACGCUAGGUUGUAGCAACAUCAUGAUGGGUAUAGGAAAAAUGUGUGUAUCAUGUAGUAGACUAAACCUAUCGUUGUUACAUUGAGCUAGGUGAAUGGAAUAUGAAUGAGUCAUCCAAUGUGCUGUAAUAGAAAUAAGGCCAUGUUCAUUUAAAAAGAAUCGUCCUCCCUCAUCUAAAUUGGCACCGGCCGCCACUAUUAUAAACCAUUCACACAUAUAUAUUUAUAUUCCAGAAGCUAAUUUCCUGCAAUUCUAUCCAUUUUGCCAUGGUGUUUUGUAUUGUGUAUUUAAAUAUGUCGAGAAAUAAUUAUUGACAUAGCUCUUUUUAAUGUUUACUAUUUUAGUUACACCAUUUAUACACACCACAUAUUUAUUUAUAUACUGGAUUCUUGACAUUACUCACUCUAUAUCUACUGCUGUACAUAUCAUUCUUAGUAUAUCUUGUGUCAAUACAUCUGGUUUAUAUACGUAUAUACAGACUGCAUUUUGAUUACUGUUACUGUGCUAUUUGGCUUGUUAAUUUGAUUAGUUACAUUUCUUUAUUUAUUAUUUGUUCAGUUUUUUUUGUGUGCGAUUAUUUGUGUACUUGUUUGAUAUUUUAUUGCAUUGUUAGGAGCUAGUAACAUAAGCAUUUUGCUGCACCCGCUAUAACAUCUGCCAAACCCACUGUGUACGUGACCAAUAAACUUUGAUUUGUUUUUGAUUGGCUGCCUGAGGGGCAGCAGAAGUUAGCGGAUAUGACCUACAGGCCUCCCCCUGUGUCCACUGGUUACAGGGUCUGCUGCCUGGACAGACGAGUUUCACUGUGUGUGUGUGUGUGUGUGUGUGUGUGUGUGUGUGUGUGUGUGUGUGUGUGUGUGUGUGUGUGUGUGUGUGUGUGUGUGAGAGUGUAUGUAGCCUAGUUCACAACUUUAGUUUAUUCUGUUUUUAAGGGUGAGGGGGAAAGAAGGCACUAGUCACAUGUACUAUACCUAAAUUGGAAUGGACAUAAAAAUGGAAGCGCCACACUCUUACAAACAUUUACAAUCCUUGUUCUGAAUGCGAACAAACAAAUACCUAGUGUGGGUGUGUUAAUCUGUUGCAUGGUUCUUGAUUAAUGAGAACAGAGUUUUAUCCUGUCUGAGCAUCUGAAACUGCCUGAAGCUAACCUUGUAAAGACAGGAGGAGAAAUGUGUAUUUACAGUACUGCUUUCCAUCACUGUCAGUAGCUCGGCGAAUCAUUUCCCUAACCUGUUUGUCAUUAUGUCCUCACUGGCGUUACCUAGAGGAUUGUGGGAGCUAAAAUGUCUCUGAGAUCCUGCUCUCUCGGUGAGACGUGAACACUGGCCCUUGAACUGUGUGGAGUUUAGAUUUCACGUGCUUCAUUGCCAUGGAUAUUAGAUUUCACAUGCUUUGUUGCCAUGGAUAUUAGAUUUCACAUGCUUUGUUACUUUGCAAUGGAAAACCCUCAAAACAAAGAUGGCAUAAGUCCUGGUUGGUUGCUGACAGUGUUUUAUAUCACUAAGCUUUGACUAUGGAUAACGGUUGCUCACUUUUAUUCAUCCUGAAGAAAGACGUGUCCACUCAUUGUAAGCUUUGAUAUCUCAUCACUGACCUCUGCUCGCUGUCCCUGUGUCCUGUAGAAAGAUCUGUGUCCACUGUAAGCUUUGAUAACUGACUUCUGCUUUGCUCUGUGCCCUGUAGGAAGAUCUGUGUCCACUGUAAGCUUUGAUAACUGACUUCUGCUUUGCCCUGUGCCCUGUAGGAAGAUCUGUGUCCACUGUAAGCUUUGAUAACUGACUUCUGCUUUGCCCUGUGCCCUGUAGGAAGAUCUGUGUCCACUGUAAGCUUUGAUAACUGACUUCUGCUUUGCCCUGUGCCCUGUAGGAAGAUCUGUGUCCACUGUAAGCUUUGAUAACUGACUUCUGCUUUGCCCUGUGCCCUGUAGGAAGAUCUGUGUCCACUGUAAGCUUUGAUAACUGACUUCUGCUUUGCCCUGUGCCCUGUAGGAAGAUCUGUGUCCACUGUAAGUGCCGCCGUGAGGAGCAUGUGGUGACAGCCAUGCCUCUGGAGAUGGAGAAGACCAUCACUAAGCUGAUGUACGACUUCCAGAGGAACUCCACCUCAGACGACGACUCAGGAUGCGCACUGGAGGAGUACGCAUGGGUGCCCCCGGGGCUCAAACCUGAACAGGUAUGAUAGAUAGACAUGCACACACACACCACACACACACCAGGGACUCAAACAGGAGUAUGGUUUGCUUUCACUAUUCUAUCUCCUCUGUGUUGGAUCAAAGUUCUACUCGCCAUCUUAUAUUGCGUGUGUGGUGUUCAAUUAUGCCGAUAGGUUUACAAGGAUUAUAUGAUGCCAGUGGUUGAAUGAAUAUCUCAUGAAUUCUGCUUGCAAACUGUUUACUCGUGAUUUCACAAGCCCAUUGUUGACUCUGUUAAGCUGGGAUAUGCAGAAAUAUAUUACAUGGCCUGUGAGCAUCCAAGAAAACAUCUUUACAAGGCUCUUGUGUACCAAAGGUGUGCGUGUCUGUGUGCUUCUUAUUGGACAAUAAAACCUCUAUAGAUGUGAGUUUCAUUUUCUUGAUGAACUGAAAGGAAGCCUUAUUGCGUGUGCAAUCGGGGGGUCAAUACUCUGUUAACUAGUCCCCCAUUUCAGUUGCCCAAGGCUGAGCACCACCAUUUUUCAUCCCCAAGGGUCACAUGUGACCUCCAGUCAAUUAAGCCCCCCUUUAAAAGCUGCUCAACACCAGCCGGAGAGGAUAGACUGACUGAUAGAUUUCUAAAGCAGUAGGUCAAUAUGACUGGGAGUGUUGCAGUUAAAGGAGUGGCUUUGCAUUGAGGGAAUGGAAUAGGCUAUAUUUUGCAGGAUUUACUGCUGGUUGCAUUGUACAUUGAGUGUCCAGGUAUACGGUUUAGCUUUUCCCAACCUGACAUACAAGUCAGUCGAGUCAUAGAAAUAUGUUUUCUAACCUUGCACGGUGGCGGUAGGCUAUCCAUUGAGGUACUUUUCAACGCCCAACCCCAGCCCUGCCCAGUCACAGAGAAAGAGAUGGUGAAUACCAGUUAAUCUGUAGAAUCUGAGCUCCAGGUUUAGGUUUCUCCUCAGGGACCCAGUCCCACUGCUCCAUCAGGAGGAGCAUCCUAUUCAGUCUCAACUGGUGUCAAGUCACCAUUCUGUAACAUAUUUUCCACAAAGACUGUGGGAGCCAUUCCGGGAUAACUAGACAUGAUUUCCCCCAUGCUCUGCAAUGAUGUGAAUGCCUUGAUUCAUGUAUGUAGCUCAAUUGUAUUGGUAAUGUGAAACUGAAAGAAUCUCGACUGCAUUUCAACUACAAGAAUCAUGUUCUUAUUUAGCUCUGAAACCAGGUUCAGAGUUUAAUGGGUUUUAUUGAAUAGGGAAUGAGUUUUCUGAACAUUGCUUUUACUGUGCUGAGAAGUUAUUGGUUCUGGCCUCAGGAAGGUCCAGCCAAUAUACACGCUCUCCCUUGAUGUCAGAGCUAAUAAAAUGUCAGGACAUUGCCAGGAUACAGGGAAGUUCAGGCCAAAUAUGUUACUAAGCAGCUGUUACUGAUGUGUCUCUGCUGUUGGAAAGGCAGAUCACGCAGUCUGUCUCCUGUUGCUUUUACCUUGUGUCACAAGAGAUGGGGAAGAAUCUGCUUGCUCAUCCAAGAGGAAAUGAUAUCAAAAAGCUUUUACUAUUUAAUGUUUUUGUAGAAGGAAAUGGCAGCAUGUUACCAUUCAUUGUACUUUGGAAUGGCAGUCCUUCCUUCUUGACCUGAUGAAGGAUCAGUUUCGGAUCGAAAACGUUGUCAAUAAAGCGGUGAAUUGGGCGCUUUAACAGUGUGCAGGCCUUCUUGUUCUUUACUAGUCCUUCCUUCUUGCCCCUGGGUGAUGGGCUGUUGUAAUGAUGUUUAGUUUAAAGUGCGGUAUGUCCAAUAAACACUCACUGUUGCUUGUUUCAGGACUGGUCUUUGAUUGUGUCCUAUAUAUGCUGUCAGUCUUUCCAGUGAACAGCAAUGAAAAACAGCUGUGGGGGGGUGGGGGGGGACUCUGUUCUGUUGGUUUCUAAAAUAAUCCCCAAAACCCUGUCAUUUGAUUUACCCUUUAAAAGUAAUAUAUUCUCCGUACAAUUAGAAAGCAGAUUUAAUCAGAGUACAUGUAGUUUCCAUGCCCCUGAUUACUAUUAUUAUCCCAAUCUGCUCGUCCUAACUGGCUCUGGGGAGUGUGUGUGUGUGUGUCCUGCUCCACAUCUCUACCAUACAACAGUGUGUGGGUUGGGCCUGGAGUGUAUCGGCCAGUUGUUGUUGUUGGACGUGUGUUCAGUGAUUUAUCAGGGCUUGACCACAGUUGGUGUUUCAUGAAAUAUGCAAGGAUCCCUGAGCUGCUUCUUUGACUCCCUAUCCUUUGCUGACAUGAGCCAAGCCAACCAAAACACAACCAGAGGAAUUGAGUUGCACUUAAAGGAGAACAAACUUAUAAAAUGGGGACAUUUCACCCUGGACAUGCAUAAAAGUUUUAGAAUAACCCACAAUAAACAUGCACCUCGUUUUAUUUCCAAGAAUCACAGACUAUUUCCAGCUGUCAUAGAACAUGUUGCAGUGGGCUUGGGUUUAAGUUUUGACAUUUACAUUUACGUCAUUUAGCAGACGCUCUUAUCCAGAGCGACUUACAAAUUGGUGCAUUCACCUUAUAGCCAGUGGAAUAACCACUUUACAAUAUGUUUUGUUUUUUUUGGGGGGGGGGGGGGGGGGGUGGUAAGGCGGGGGUAGAAGGAUUACUUUAUCCUAUCCCAGGUAUUCCUUAAAGAGGUGGGGUUUCAAAUGUCUCCGGAAGGUGGUGAGUGACUCCGCCGUCCUGGCGUCGUGAGGGAGCUUGUUCCACCAUUGGGGUGCCAGAGCAGCGAACAGUUUUGACUGGGCUGAGCGGGAACUGUGCUUCCGCAGAGGUAGGGGGGCCAGCAGGCCAGAGGUGGAUGAACGCAAUUGCCCUCGUUUGGGUGUAGGGACUGAUCAGAGCCUGAAGGUACGGAGGUGCCGUUCCCCUCACAGCUCCGUAGGCAAGCACCAUGGUCUUGUAGCAGAUGCAAGCUUCAACUGGAAGCCAGUGGAGUGUGCGGAGGAGCGGGGUGACGUGAGAGAACUUGGGAAGGUUGAACACCAGACGGGCUGCGGCAUUCUGGAUGGGUUGUAGGGGUUUAAUGGCACAGACAGGGAGCCCAGCCAACAGCGAGUUGCAGUAAUCCAGACGGGAGAUGACAAGUGCCUGGAUUAGGACCUGUGCCGCUUCCUGUGUAAGGCAGGGUCGUACUCUCCGAAUGUUGUAGAGCAUGAACCAACAGGAUCGGGUCACCGCCUUGAUGUUAGCGGAGAACGACAGGGUGUUGUCCAGGGUCACACCAAGGCUUUUUGCACUCUGGGAGGAGGACACAACGGAGUUGUCAACCGUGAUGACGAGAUCAUGGAACGGGCAGUCCUUCCCCGGGAGGAAGAGCAGCUCCGUCUUGCCGAGGUUCAGCUUGAGGUGGUGAUCCGUCAUCCACACUGAUAUGUCUGCCAGACAUGCAGAGAUGCGAUUCGCCACCUGGUUAUCAGAAGGGGGAAAGGAGAAGAUUAGUUGUGUGUCGUCUCACAUCAUUUACAUUUACAUUUUAGUCAUUUAGCAGACGCUCUUAUCCAGAGUGACUUACAUGAGCAAUUAGGGUUAAGUGCCUUGCUUAAGGGUACAGCGACAGAUUUUUCACCUAGUCGGCUCGGGGAUUAGAACCAGCGACCUUUCGGUUACUGGCAUAACGCUCUUACCCACUAAGCUACCUGCCGCCCAGAUUUGAUGCUUGGGGUCAUUGUCCAUUUGGAAGACCCAUUUGCGACCAAGCUUUAACUUCCUGACAGAUGUCUUGAGAUGUUGCUUCAAUAUAUCCACAUCAUUUUCCUUCCUCAAGAUGCCAUCUAUUUUGUGAAGUGCACCAGUCCCUCCUGCAGCAAAGCACCCCCACAGCAUGAUGCUGCCACCCCCGUGCUUCACGGUUGGGAUGGUGUUCUUCGGCUUGCAAGCCUUCCCCUUUUUCCUCCAAACAUAACGAUGGUUAUUAUGGCCAAACAGUUCUAUAUUUGUUUCAUCAGACCAGAGGACAUUUCUCCAAAAAGUACGAUCUUUGUCCCCAUGUGCAGUUACAUAACAAAAUCACAAAAUAGAUGGCAUCAUGAGGAAGGAAAAUUAUGUGGAUAUAUUGAAGCAACAUCUCAAGACAUCAGUCAGGAAGUUAAAGCUUGGUCGCCAAAUGGGUCUUCCAAAUGGACAAUGACCCCAAGCAUACUUCCAAAGUUGUGGCAAAAUGGCUUAAGGACAACAAAGUCAAGGUAUUGGAGUGGCCAUCACAAAGCCUCAAUGUAAUCCAAUAGAAAACUGAAAACGCGUGUGCGAGCAAGGAGGCCUACAAACCUGACUCAUUUACACCAGCUCUGUCAGGAGGAAUGGGCCAAAAUUCACCCAACUUAUUGUGGGAAGCUUGUGGAAGGCUACCCGAAAAGUUUGACCCAAGUUAAACAAUUUAAAGGCAAUGCUACCAAAUAAUAAUUGAGUGUAUGUAAACUUCUGACCCACUGGGAAUGUGAUGAAAGAAAUAAAAGCUGAAAUAAAUCAUUAUUUCUACUAUUAUUCUGACAUUUCACAUUCUUAAAAUAAAGUGGUGAUCCUAACUGACCUAAGACAGGACAUUUUUACUUGGAUUAAAUGUCAGGAAUUGUGAAAAACUGAGUUUAAAUGUAUUUGGCUAAGGUGUAUGUAAACUUCAGACUUCAACUGUGUGUGUGUGUAUAUAUAUAUAUAUAGGACCAGUCAAAAGUUUGGACACGCCUACUCAUUCAAGGGUUUUUCUUUAUUUUUACAUUGUAGAAUAAUAGGGAAGACAUCAAAACUAUGAAAUAACACAUAUGGAAUCAUGUAGUAACCAAAAAAGUGUUAAACUAAUCAAAAUAUAUUUUAUAUUUGAGAUUCUUCAAAUAGCCACCCUUUGCCUUGAUGACAGCUUUGCACACUCUUGGCAUUCUCUCAACCAGCUUCAUGAGGUAGUCACCUGGAAUGCAUUUCAAUUAACAGGUGUGUCUUCUUAAAAGUUAAUUUGUGGAAUUGCUUUCCUUCUUAUUGCGUUUGAGCCAAUCAGUUGUGUUGUGACAACGUAGAAGAUAGCCCUAUUUGGUAAAAUACCAAGCCCAUAUUAUGGCAAGAACAGCUUAAAUAAGCAAAGAGAAACGACAGUCCAUCAUUACUUUAAGACAUGAAGGUCAGUCAAUACAGAAAAUGUCAAGAAAUCCAAAUACAUUUUAUAUUUGAGAUUCUUCAAAUAGCCACCCUUUGCCUUGCCAAGAGUGUGCAAAGCUGUCAUCAAGGCAAACGGUGGCUGUUUGAAGAAUCUCAAAUAUAAAAUGUAUCAUUCAUUGUUGGCCGGCAUAAUGUAAAGAAUGUCGCAGUCAUUAGAAUAGUGUGAUUAGUAUUAAUCCUUUGUCUGUCACAAACACGGUUAAUUCAUGUAACGUGUGUUGUGUGUGUGUGUGUGUGUGUGUGUGUGUGUGUGUGUGUGUAAGGGCGAGGGGUAAAGCGUUGCAUUCUCAUGUCAACAUGCUGGGAGGGAGUAAAAGGCCAGAUUCCAUUAAGUCUGUAUCGGAGGGUCAUAAAUCAAAGUGAUUGUAAAUGUGUGUGUGUACUGCAUGUAUGUGUGUUCCUGUGGUAGGGUUAGGGUCACAAUGCAGAUAUGAAUGUUCUCCUUUCUCAAAUAGCCUACAUGAUUCCAUUAAAUGUUAAUUUGCUACUUGUGGGCCAAUCUUUGUACCAUGUCACUAGUAUUAGUGGUAGUGGUGGCCUGACAAGCCCGUGUCUCUCUCCCGUCAGGUUCAUCAGUACUACAGUUCCCUGCCUGAGGACAAAGUGCCCUAUGUAAACAGCCCAGGAGAGAAGCACCGCAUCAAACAGCUCCUUCAUCAGCUGCCCCCCCACGACAAUGAGGUGAGACCGUUCUCUCCCCCUGCCCCCCGGGCACACAGAGGUUGGAAAGGGGUCAUUUGUAACUGCGACAUUGUAACUUGUGUCUCUAGCUUAAAAUUAUAACAAACUAGAGCGUUUGUGUGUGUCUCUGCUGCCAUUUAUUUAAACAAUGUGUAUGUGUUUUCCAGGUACGUUACUGUAACACUCUGGAUGAUGAGGAGAAGCGUGAGCUCAAACUCUUCAGUAACCAACGGAAACGGGAGAAUCUGGGCCGCGGCAGUGUGAGACCGUUUCCCGUGACGAUGACCGGAGUGAUCUGUGAGCAGGUACAGUAACUCCUGCGGGACUGGGACUGGUGCACACACAGGCACUCGCAUAAUGAGUAGGGCAGAGGCAGGACAGACUGGUAGACGUUAUACAUCGGUGGCCAUAGUUGGUGAGAUAUGCUAGAAAUACAUGUAUAGUCACAUCACUAUGAGGGAUCUCUCACAAGAAAAGAAAAAACGUUAGCAGGUUAUCAAAGAAAAUACUAUAAAGGCGAAGGACAUACACAUCUCUUUUGUGGUAGAAUCUGAGAAUCUUAAGUACCCAGUGACAUUUCUCGCUUUUAUUGUGAUUCACCACGUGAAGAGCUCAGCUGACAUUUAAAAGCAGCUCAUAUAAUGGAGCCUCACAUUCAAGUCAUGACCCUGUCUUUCAACUGUGGUAGACUUGAGGGUCUUGUGUUUUUUAGGGUUUGUGUGUGUGUGUGUGUCUGUCUGUCUGUCUUUCUCCUCAUAUAUCCCAGUAGCUUGACCAGAACAGAUGUCACACCAACAAACUGAUAGCUUAUAGGUUCCUUGAUGCUGUGCUGUUUUUGAUCCUAACUCUCUCUUCACCUUAUGUAAUACCUUGGAAUGCACAUUCCAGAUUAGAUCUCUUGAAGGUUCAUCACAGCCUAGAUAAACAAAUAUUGAUGUUGCUUUAGUCUACAUCUUUAAGACGGAGCCAAUAUAACAUGAGAUAAAUGAAAGCACUAGAAAGUGUUCAUUCAGAAACACACUCAGCUCCCAGUCAUUCCCUUACAGACCUGAGGCAGUUCUGCUCUGUUUGUUCAUGCCCUGUUUGUAUCCCUGUUUUACUCGCUGUGUUUCUUGCUAAGCAGACAACCAUAUCACAGACAUACACAGAACUGUGUGUGUGUGUGGGGGAGCAGAUUAUUUUAAGAGUGUGUAUUGAUUGAAUCCCCUCCCCCGACUGAUCUCUAUGCGUAGCAGGGCUGUGUGCCAGUUAGAUAACCUGAUUGUAACUUUCUCAUCUCCCUCUCUUUCCCACCCCUCUAAAUCUCUGCUGCACUCCCUGACCUUCCUCUCUUUGUCACGCUGUCUCCUUCACUCCCUCCCCCUCCUUUCUCCCCUCCCUACCAUCUCUCACUGUCUCCACCCACUCAUUCCCACUCCCUGUACCUUUCUUCUCCCCUGCCUAUCCUCUUUCUCCUCCCCAUGUCUCUUUCUCCUCCCCAUCUCUCUCCUCCCCAUGUCUCUUUCUCCUCCCCAUCUCUCUCCUCCCCAUGUCUCUUUCUCCUCCCCAUCUCUCUCCUCCCCAUGUCUCUUUCUCCUCCCCCAUGUCUCUCCUCCCCCAUGUCUCUCCUCCCCCAUGUCUCUUUCUUCUCCCCAUCUCUCACCUCCACCAUGUCUCUUUCUCCUCCCACAUGUCGCUUUCUCCUCCCCAUCUCUCCCCUCCCCCAUGUCUCUUUCUCCUCCCCCAUGUCUCUCCUCCCCCAUAUCUCUUUCUCCUCCCCAUCUCUCCCCUCCCCCAUGUCUCUUUCUCCUCCCCCAUGUCUCUCCUCCCCAUGUCUCUUUCUCCUCCCCAUCUCUCUCCUCCACCAUGUAUCUUUCUCCUCCCCCAUGUCUCUCCUCCCUCAUGUCGCUUUCUCCUCCCCCAUCUCUUCCUCCACCAUGUAUCUUUCCCCUCCCCCAUGUCUCUUUCUCCUCCCCCAUGUCUCUCCUCCCCCAUGUAUCUUUCUCCUCCCCCAUGUCUCUCCUCCCUCAUGUCGCUUUCUCCUCCCCCAUCUCUCUCCUCCACCAUGUAUCUUUCUCCUCCCCCAUGUCUCUCCUCCACCAUGUCUCUUUCUCCUCCCCCAUCUCUCUCCUCCACCAUGUCUCUUUCUCCUCUCCCAUCUCUCCCCUCCACCAUGUCUCUCUCCAUCUCUCAGUGUGGGGGGCAAAUAAACGGAGGUGACAUUGCAGUGUUUGCGUCGCGGGCGGGCCACGCCGUGUGUUGGCACCCUGGCUGCUUCGUGUGCAGCAUGUGUGAUGAGCUGCUGGUGGACCUCAUCUACUUCUACCAGGAAGGGAAGAUCUACUGUGGUCGGCACCAUGCAGAGAGACUCAAACCACGCUGCUCCGCCUGCGACGAGGUGCGAGCAGACCCCGCUAAACACACCCACAGGCACACAAACACACACACAUGCAGUACACACACACAGUCACAAUCCUCUCUGAUACUCAACCGUUUAUAGGCCUUCCCGGCAAAUAUUAUAUUGAAUACUAUGACACUAACUUCCAUGCAAAACACAAUAGAUGAUUUAGUGAUGGGAUAAACAGAAGAGGCCUAUAUGGCGUUUUCUUGAAAUAUACUGCUAUAAUAUGGGAAUAAUAAAGCAUUGUUUUCAAUUAGAUCUCCAUACACAUGAUCCCAAAGAGUGGACUGUGAGACAGAGUGGAUGGUGUAAUACAGUAGGACAGUGUCUGUCAGUAUGAGGGAGGGAGAGGGAGAGGGCUGCAGUAGCAGGCAGCGAGGCCUUGAAGUCUUUGUCCUGUCAUUCUCUGUAAUUGGGUGAGCAGGGCCUUGCCUCAGAGGAAAAGCAGCAUGAUAAAUGAUACCUUCCCCAUCCCUCUUCCCUCUCUCCGUCUGUAGAUUAUCUUUGCGGACGAGUGCACGGAGGCAGAGGGCAGGCACUGGCACAUGAAGCACUUCUGCUGUUUCGAGUGUGAGACGGUGCUGGGCGGCCAGCGCUACAUUAUGAAGGAGGGCCGUCCCUACUGCUGCAGCUGUUUCGAGUCCCUAUAUGCAGAGUACUGUGACUCCUGUGGGGAACACAUCGGUAUGCCACGCACCCGCCCCAUCCAUCAGAGCCAACGCAAGGCCCUAGAUCCAACACAUGAGCCCUACUCCUGAGCACUAGAGCACUGGCAUUAUCUGUUUAUUAUCUAUGCAUAGUCACUUUAACUCUACCCACAUGUACAUAUUACCUCGACUAACCGGUGCCCCCGCACAUUGACUCUGUAGCGGUACCCCCUGUAUAUAGCCUCCCUACUGUUAUUUUAUUUUACUGCUGCUCUUUCAUUAUUUGCUAUUUUUAUUUUUUACUUAUCUAUUUUUUACUUAAUUUUUCUUAAAACUGCGUUGUUGGUUAAGGGCUUGUAAGUAAGCAUUUCACUGUAAGGUCUACCUACACCUGUUGUAUUCGGCGCAUGUGGCAAAUAAUAUUUGAUUGGAUUUAAUACGCAAAGCUAGACGAAUGGGACGCUAUUUCAGCUGCAUGAUUUCUGUAAUGUUAAGGGAACAGAGGAAUGACCUGGAUUUAGCUUGGAGAAACAUUUCAGGGAGAAAUAUGAAAAGGUGCAGAUAUGACCUGCUUUUAGCUGAGAGUAACCGUGGGUAGGUUUUAAUGCAACACUAGCAUGCAGAUACCUUAUUGUCCUUUAAUACAGACUAUGUGAACUUAAGACUGUUUUCUCAAAAGGGGAAAAAGAUCAGUGGGUGAAAUCAAUUCAAUUUCAAAUGUAUUCAGUAGAUACAUGUUUCAUACAUUUUCAUAAGAUCAUUUUCUGUAGGUUAACCAAACCCGUUCUGAGCAGGACAACUCUGUGUUUUUUUUGGAGGGUAAACCCAGCGCCGUAUCACCAGUUGGCCCAGUGCAACCUCUGUGUGUUCCUCUCAGUCCAGAGAGCUGCUGGCUUAUCCCUCAACAUGAUCCCCAGCUGUGAUCUGGCAUGGCCCUCAGCAGACAGACAUGCAGCUCUAUAAUUAUUUGUUAUACAGGAUAAAGAAAGUAUUUGAGUAAAACUGAUUAUAAAUUGAAACCAUCAAAAAACAUAUUGAAACCAGAUGGCAGCCAUUAGCCUUGGACCAUUCUCCCCGGCAAUUCCAAACAUACUUAAAAUCUAAUGUGUUUAUACAGUGCCAGGCAUGGUACAUAAUGGGUUUACCCCUAAACUCCGCUAAGUGUCGUAGCCCCAGGGCGCUUCUUCACUCAAGUUUACUUAUAAUUUCCUACUGCAGUUUUAACUUUUAAAAAAUCCAGUUUAGGGACGAUAUCUUUAUCUUUUAAUUCGGAUAUGAGUUCUCCCUCUAGAAUAUUUAGCUCAUGUUUUGUAUUUGAUUAGCCUCAAUUUGCCAAGCUGCUUAUAGCACUUUCUCUUUCACAUUCCCCACCUACAGUGUUUCUACAAUGAUUAGUCUUGAUGGUUUUCUGUUGCAGGCAUUGGCUCUGAGCAUUACAGAGCAAAAUAGUAAAAUGUAUUGGGACCUUUUCAUGGACAUUUUGGCUUAUAUGCUAACAAGUCUUUCCCCUCUCUCCCGCAGGCAUUGACCAGGGCCAGAUGACGUAUGACGGGCAGCACUGGCAUGCCACAGAGGGCUGUUUCUGCUGUGCCCGCUGUAAGUGUUCCCUCCUAGGUCGCCCCUUCCUGCCCAAACAGGGACAAAUCUUCUGCUCACGCUCCUGCAACCUUGGGGAGGAGCCUAACGGGUCAGACUCCUCAGACUCCGCCUUCCAGAGCGCACGCUCAACUCGAGAGCCCCGCCGCAGCUCCAAGGCUGGGAAGAACGGGGGUCAGGCGGGGCGGUUUUCGAGCGAGGUGGAUCCUCUCUCCUUACAGAUGGACCUGCUGAGUCUGUCCAGCCAGACGCCCAGUCUGACCCGUGAGCCGCCCGCAUGGCAGAGCCAGGGACAGGGGGGCGACACGUACCCCUACGAGGGCCGAUCAGACCACACAGCAACACCCACUCCACUCCAGCUGCUCAGCCAAUGCAACGUCAGGACUGCAUAUAACUCCACCUCCCCCGGGCAGGGCGGCCAACCAGACCCCAGGUCCAAGGAGACGGGUGUCCCCAAGAGGCCGCCCAUCUCAGCCCUGAAGGGCCACUCCAUGAAUGAGAACUGGUUCCACAAGGGCCCAGUCAACUACUACCCCCCCAAACUGAAACCCCAGCAAAGCAUUGACGUACCCCACAGCUCCUCACCCCACAAUGGCUUCUCUGACAAGCGCUCAGUCAGUCUGCAUGUGUUCCAGAGGGAGAACCAGAGGGACAGGGACAAGGAGGUGGGGCCUCCCCAGAUGGGGCGCAGCAGGAAUCCCAUCAGUGCACUUAGCUUCACAGAGCAGCUCACUCCCCUAGAGCAGACACCCAGGGGUUCCAUGGAGUCACUCACCCUGUCCAACGCUACAGGUAACUCAUUCAAAAUUCACCAUCAUGUGAAGAUUAAUUAAUAUGAUUAUAUUUGAAGCAAUAUAUUUUACUGCUCAGGACAUUUUAUUUCUCACUGAAUACUGCAACCCAUCUGGGGCUAACUAAAAAAGUAUUGUUCACAUAAGAGUGUAAUGUCUAUUAUAUCAAAGGUUAUUUUCGGGAUAUUUUUUGUCAUUAUCCGUGAUCAGGAGAAAAAAAAGAUGCCAGCAAGCAUCUUUCUCAUGUCAGUCAGUCAGAGUUUCUAAACCAUACGGUACUCUCUUUGAGUCAUUCAUCCAGGCUCUGCUGUAGCCGGCCGCAACCGGGAGACCAAUGGGGUGGCGCACAAUUGGCCCAGCGUCGUCCAGGGUAGGGGAGGGAAUGGCCGGCAGGGAGGUAGCUCAGUUGGUAGAGCAUGGCGUUUGCAACGCCAGGGUUGUGGGUUCGUUUCCCACGGGGGGCCAGUAUGAAAAAUUAAAAAAAGAAUAAUGUAUGCACUAACUGUAAGUCGCUCUGGAUAAGAGCGUCUGCUAAAUGACGUAAAUGUAAUUCAUGUGAGUGCUCUAAAUAACUCAACUGGUUAGUUUUCCUGUCUGUAAAGUGAAGGGCGGGCUGUACGUUGAUUCUGCUGCUCUGAUUGGAUAGAGUGAAGCUGUAUCUCUCCAUCCACUCGCUUCAUAGUUUCACCCGAUCACUUUUCCUCGCAUGUUUUCGGUCUGAUCAUUUAGAUUGCUGCUGCCUGCUACUAUGAUAAAUCACAUGGUGAGGAUGUUUGCUAUCAAGCUAUCAAUGUGCAUAAUAUCUAACAAGUGGGGCAAGAUUAGGGAAAAAAUAUACAACGCUAAUGCGCAUUCUGACAGCAAACUUGGCUGCCCACUGCAAGUUGAGGACACAUACGCAUACACACCCACCCCUCUGCGCACUGCUCCUAAUCUGCAGCUUUUUUGCAGUGAGAACGUGCAAGGAGGUAUUUUGCCAACAUCUAUUUAGGCAUAUUAAAACACUUCAGUUUUUCCGAUCACGAGUAUCAUCCGAUCCGACUAUCAACUGUCAACUUAUGGAUACGAUUACGAAUACGAGUAUGGCCAUGUCAGCACACCCCUAAUGAUAAUAAUAAGGACAACUGAUGAAGUUGACCACUGACUAACCCCUCUGUUCUCUCUCUGAAGGAACGUCAGCAGACGGAGGAGGGAAACGCCAGAAGCACCUGUCUCGUUUCUCCAUGCCCGACCUGAGCAAAGACUCUGGCAUGAACGUGUCAGAGAAGAGCAACAUGGGCACCCUCAACUCCUCUGUCCAGUUCCACAGUUCUGAGUCUCUGCGCAGCCUGACCUCAGGCCAGCCCUACAUGGAGCUGGAGCCCCCGGUGCAGGUGCAGGUGCAGUACCCUCUGCAGUACUGUGAGCCCCCAGGCCUGGGCAUGGGGAUGGGCCGCUUGCCCCCCGGCUUCACCUACCAGGAGGAGGACAGGGUCAGCCUGGUGAGCAGCGCCAAUGCUGCACGCCUCCCGCCCAUCAGCGAGCGCACCCAGAGACGAGGAGAGGGCCCGGGCAUGGCUGACCCUGAAGACACCCCUCAGCGCCGUAGACACCACCACCACCGCUCACGUCGCUCCAGACGCUCCCGCUCGGAGAACGCCCUGCACCUGGCCGCAGAGCGCAGGGAGAGACCCCAGGAGAGGCCCAAGCUGAGAGUCAGAGAGGACUAUGACCAGUUCCCCCCUCCCCGGGGCGCCAGGGACCCGUUUGGGGGCGCAGGGGGGAGGUACAGGGGGCCGGAGCCAUUCAGGCAGUGCCCUCGCACCACAUCUGACCUCACCCUGCAGAACCCGGGUGCCCACCGCCGCCUCGCCGGGCCCUACUCAUGGGACGACUACGAUGAUGAGGACGAGUGGUGCUCCACCUGCUCUUCAUCAUCUGAGUCAGAGGACGAGGGCUACUUCCUGGGAGAGCCCAUCCCCAGGCCCGUGCAGCUGAGGUACCUUAGCAGCCAGGAGCUCCUCCACAAGUACAGCUCCACGGGGGUGGGCGGACCGCACCAAAUGAGCGGCAGAGGGGGACAGCUGCACACCCGCAAACGCCGGAAAAGCAAGAAUUGCAUAAUCUCUUAACAUUCGCCACAUGGCCAGAGUCAAGAGAAAGUGCCCUCCCUCUCCCCAGUAUACAGUCGUGGUCAAAAGUUUUGAGAAUGACACAAGUAUUGGUCUUCACAAAGUUAGCUGCUUCAGUGUUUUUAGAUAUUUUUGUCAGAUGUUACUAUGGUAUACUGAAGUAUCAAAGGCUUUUAUUGACAAUUACAUUAAGUUUAUGCAAAGAGUCAAUAUUUGCAGAGUCAACCCUUCUUUUUCAAGACCUCUGCAAUCCGCCCUGGCAUGCUGUCAAUUAACUUCUGGGCCACAUCCUGACAGAUGGCAGCCCAUUCUUGCAUAAUCAAUGCUUGGAGUUUGUCAGAAUUUGUGGGUUUUUGUUUGUCCACCCGCCUCUUGAGGAUUGACCACAAGUUCUCAAUGGGAUUAAGGUCUGGGGAGUUUCCUGGCCAUGGACCCAAAAUGUCGAUGUUUUGUUCCCCGAGCCACUUAGUUAUCACUUUUGCCUUAUGGCAAGGUGCUCCAUCAUGCUGGAAAAGGCAUUGUUCGUCACCAAACUGUUCUUGGAUGGUUGGGAGAAGUUGCUCUCGGAGGAUGUGUUGGUACCAUUCUUUAUUCAUGGCUGUGUUCUUAGGCAAAAUUGUGAGUGAGCCCACUCCCUUGGCUGAAAAGCAACCCCACACAUGAAUGGUCUCAGGAUGCUUUACUGUUGGCAUGACACAGGACUGAUGGUAGCGCUCACCUUGUCUUCUCCGGACAAGCUUUUUUCCGGAUGCCCCAAACAAUCGGAAAGGGGAUUCAUCAGAGAAAAUGACUUUACCCCAGUCCUCAGCAGUCCAAUCCCUGUACCUUUUGCAGAAUAUCAGUCUGUCCCUGAUGUUUUUCCUGGAGAGAAGUGGCUUCCUCGCUACCCUUCUUGAAAAUAGGCUAUCCUCCAAAAGGCUUCGCCUCACUGUGCGUGCAGAUGCACUCACACCUGCCUGCUGCCAUUCCUGAGCAAGCUCUGCACUGGUGGUGCCCCGAUCCCGCAGCUGAAUCAACUUUAGGAGACGGUCCUGGCGCUUGCUGGACUUUCUUGGGCGCCAUGAAGCCAUCUUCACAACAAUGUAAUCUCUCUCCUUGAAGUUCUUGAUGAUCCAAUAAAUGGUUGAUUUAGGUGCAAUCUUACUAGCAGCAAUAUCCUUGCCUGUGAAGGCCUUUUUGUUCAAAGCAAUGAUGACUGCACGUGUUUCCUUGCAGGUAACCAUGGUUAACAGAGGAAGAACAGAGAUUUCAAGCACCAGCCUCCUUUUAAAGCUUCCAGUCUGUUAUUCUAACUCAAUCAGCAUGGCAGAGUGAUCUCCAGCCUUGUCCUCGUCAACACUCUCACCUGUGUUAACGAGAGACUCAUUGACAUGAUGUCAGCUGGUCCUUUUGUGGCAGGGCUGAAAUGCAGUGGAAAUGUUUUUUUGGGGAUUAAGUUCAUUUUCAUGGCAAAGAGGGACUUUGCAAUUAAUUGCAAUUCAUCUGAUCACUCUUCAUAACAUUUUGGAGUAUAUGUAAAUUGCCAUCAUAAAAACUGAGGCAGCAGACUUUGUGAAAAUUAAUAUUUGUGUCAUUCUCAAAACUUUUGACCACGACUGUACACUAACAUAGUUCAUCUGUUCAGAAAAAAAAACAGCCACUCUUCUGAAGUUGUUGAGUAUUGUGAGGUUGACAGUGUUUGAUAUGCAGUUGGGUAAACCGUUGACAGCACGCAUGUUUUGCAUGUUUAUCCAUUUAAUGUUUCAAAACAAGUUAUCCUGAGUACUGAUUAUAUUUCUCUGACUCUCACACUGCGCUCUGCUUGUCUGUCACCAUGUUUAUCAAAGCCAACAUGCAAUCGUAAUAAUAAUGUCAUUUCCAUUCAGCAACAGUAAGGUACAGUCAGUUUAGUAAGGUCCAGCUAUUUCAUGCAAUGUGAUUUAGGUAUAUACCAUUAUACUCAAGUUUAUAGGAUGUAUAUAAGUAAAUUAAUUAAUGAAUUCACUAAGUUAAGGAAGUAAUGUAAAUACUAUGUAAAUGAGGUCCCACAUAUUUUUAUAUUUUGUAUAGAAUCAUUUAUGUAUUGAAUAUCUAUAAUGUAGAAAUAGAAACGCAUGCCUGUUUAUGUACUGAUGUUGUCCUGCAUUGGAAUAAAAUAAUAUUUCAGAGAAAGAUUGACAGGUGUCCGUUCCCUCACUGGGUACUGGUGUGUUCAUGUGAAGCUAUGUCUACCACUGAACAGUCAUGCUCACCAUCUGCUAAAUGCUAAAAUGAAUGAGAAUAUGGCAAAAGCGCUGAUUAAAAAGUAACUUCUCUGUAAAUGUCAUUACCCCCAUGAGGUCAUGAGUCAAGUGUUACAAAUAUUGUGAUUCAUGGGCCUUUGUGGCACUGUUUGCAAACAGAUGUCUGUGAGCUCUAGCUGAUCUAAUCAUAAACCCAGAUAAAUUAUGUGCUGCUGAUGCAGCUCUAUGGAUUAACGCAUUAAUAACUAUGCUGAUGGGAUUCUUAUGGUCUUCACUGAAGCGCAGUUUGUAACUCACAAGCUAUCUCCUCAAUUAAUACAACCCUUACAUCCAAAAUGACAGGAGUAGUUUACUUCUCUUGUCAUCUAAUUCUCCCGUUUUCUACAUUUACACUUAGACAAGAGAUCCACGUUAAGUUUGUGUUUGAAAGGUGAAGUAGCAGGGCUAUAAAUUGGAUUGUGUCUGAUGUCCAUGUGGUCAGAGGAUUACGCUAGCUAGGUCUCUGGCCCUCGUAAUCUGUGUCCACUCCACACCCUCCCUUCUGCUGCAGGUCUCAAAACUAUAGGUAUUUAACUAUACUCUCUAGAUUAAAAGUGAUUGAAGUCCAAUGCUAUUGACAUGUUGGGGGCAUUAGUGUGUGUUUAUGUAGGUUCCUUUAGAGGGUAUGUCUUUCAUUGUUCAUAUAUUUUGCUGUGGUCAAAUAACAAAGGGUGAGAGAGGAGUUCUCAUUUUGUUGACUGUUAUGACCAAAACAGCUGCACAAACAUGUGCGACACAUUUCUCUUCUGGGAGUGUGUGUCUUGUUUCCCCUCUUUUACUGAGCCCCUAGGCCACUGCCAUUGAUUAAGUCAAACCCGCAAAGAUGCACAUUGUCACAUCGUUUCCAAAGAAAUUAGUCCUGGAAAAAACAACCCUGUCUAUCUCCAGUCGUCUGGGUAUUGAUCUAACGGAACACAUGGUUUCAAAACUCAUCAGCGCACACAGCCUUACUUCAUCAACCCAACCCAUAUAUUUAUUCACAUAUUCAUUCAUUUCGUUUACAUAUCUUCUCAUCGCUGCAGGCCUUUACCCAAGGACAGAGGGGUUGUGCAGUCAGUCAGUGUGUCAAUGGUUUGGCACUGAGAGUGAGUCUGUGGCUUUUCCAUGUGCUUAAUUAAAGCAGAGAUAAGAGGCUGUCAGAGGUGCCACAAAUUGUGGCCAUAUGCUUUCUGGGCUGCGCCAUAGAGGAGUAGAGGAGGGGAUAGUGCAGUUGUGUUGAUGCAGGACAGUGACAGUGGUCUGGUCCGCUGGGGCAUGGCUGACUCCAGGGAGAUUACACCCACUGGAGAGAACACACAUCCCAUAUAUGGCUCUGGUUAUUUGUCUUACUGAAUGUUGUGAUCCAUGUCAUAUUUACAGAGUACAUUCUUAUGAGAAUGUGGUUUGAAUACUUCUACACUUGUGUUUGUCAUAGGGAGUUUGUAUGGGGCUUGUGAAAAGCACUGAGUGAGUCAAAGUAUGUAACAUCCAAAGCAUGACAACUUGAAAACAGCUUGUGUCUUUCAAUUUGCAUUUUAAUUGCAGAAUGAAGUUGAUCAUGCCUAAGCUAAUGACUAUCACAUAUUUCAAAUGAAGCUAAACUGCUGCAGGUGAAAGAGUGAAAAGAAGUGUGGCACUUUAGUUUGUGAUAGACCACCUGUUACUGAGAAGACUGCUAACAAAGGCUUGUCUGUUAAGGACAAUCCUGGUGCUGACGAAGAUGGCGGCCUCGCGACUAGCUCUUUUAUGUGUUCUUUUUUACAUUAUUAGCUCAGAAAGUGUUUUGUAUCAUUACAGCCGGUAAAAACGAUUGGAUAUCAGAGCGGCGGUAACUCACCAGCAUUAUGACCAGGAAUACGACUUCCCCGAAGCAGAUCCUUUGUUUGCUCUCCCCAGGGCAAUUGAACUGAUUCCAGCGGCUGACCCAAAACAUCGCCGGCGGAAGAGAGGCACUCAGAGCGGCCUGCUGGUUCGACUUAGGAGGCGCGCACACCACCCACCGCUUCCAAGUAUAUUACUCGCUAAUAUUCAGUCUUUGGAUAACAAAGUCGACGAGCUCAGGGCAAGGAUUUCUUUCCAGAGAGACAUCAGGGCCUGUAACAUACUUUGUUUCAAGGAAACAUGGCUCUCUCUGGAUAUUCUGUCGAAAUCGGUCCAGCCAGAUGAUUGUUCAAAAGACCAGCACUCACCUCUGUCAUCAUGAAGUGCUUUGAGAGACUAGUCAAGGAUCAUAUCACCUCUACCUUACCUGUCACCCUCGACCCACUUCAAUUUGUUUACCGCCCCAAUAGAUCCACAGACGAUGCAAUUGCCAUCACACUGCCCAAUCCCAUCUGGACAAGAGGAAUACCUAUGUAAGAAUGCCGUUCAUUGACUAUAGCUCAGCAUUCAACACCAUAAUACCCUCCAAGCUCAUCAUUAAGCUCGAGACCCUAGGUCUGAACCCCGCCCUGUGCAACUGUGACCUGGACUUCAUGACGGGCCGCCCCCAGGUGUUGAAGGUAGGAAACAACAUCUCCACUUCACUGAUCCUCAACACUUGGGCCCCACAAGGGUGUGUGCUCAGCCCCCUCCUGUACUCCCUGUUCACCCAUGACUGUGUGGCCAAGCAUGCCUCCAACUCAAUCAUCAAGUUUGCAGACAACACAACAGUAGUAGGCUUGAUUACCAACAAUGACGAGACAGCCUCCAGGGAGGGGGUGAGGGCUCUGGGAGUGUGGUGCAAGGAAAAUAACCUCUCACUCAAUGUCAACAAAACAAAGGAGAUGAUUGUGGACUUCAGGAAAGGUGCACCCCCCUAUCCACAUCGACAGGACCGCAGUGGAGAAGGUGGAGAUCUUCAAGUUCCUUGGCGCACACAUCACUGACAAACUGAAAAGAAGGCACAACAGAGCCUCUUCAACCUCAGGAGGCUGAAGAAAUUUGGCUUGGCACCUAAAACCCUCACAAACUUUUACAGAUGCACAAUUGAGAGCAUCCUGUUGGGCUGUAUCACCACCUGGUACGGCAACUGCACAGCCCGCAACCGCAGGGCUCUCCAGAGGAUGGUGCGGUCUGCCGAAAGCAUUACCGGGGAAAACUACCCGCCCUCCAGGACACCUACAGCACCCGAUGUCACAGGAAGGCCAAAAAGAUUGUCAAGGACAUCAACCACCCAAGCCACUGCCUGUUCGCCCCGCUAUCAUCCAGAAGGCGUGGUCAGUACAGGUACAUCAAAGCUGGGACAGAGAGAAUGAAAAACAGCUUCUAUCUCAAGGCCAUCAGACUGUUAAAUAGCCAUCACUAGCACAUUAGAGGCUGCUGCUGCCUAUUGAAAUCACUGGCCACUUUAAGAAAUGGAACACUAGUCACUUUAAUAAUGUUUACAUAUCUUGCAUUACUUUUCUCAUAUGUAUAUACUGUAUUCUAUAAUAUUCUACUGUAUUUUAGGCCAAUACGCUUUGUCAUUGCUCGUCCAUAUAUGUAUAUAUUCUUAAUUCCAUUCCUAACUUAGAUUUGUGUGUAUUGGGUAUAUGUUGUGAAAUUGUUAGAUAUUACUUGUUAGAUAUUACUGCACUGUCGGAGCUGGAAGCACAAGCAUUUCGCUACACCCGCAAUAACAUCUGCUAAACACGUCUAUGUGACAAAUAACAUAUGAUUUGAUUUUGAUUUGAUCUGUUUGUGCUUCUGACUGUCAGUCUCUCGUGGUCUGUUUAGGGCUCAUGAAGAGCAUUCAGAUUAUUCUAAAUAGAAUGUCUGUAGAAUGUGACAGUAAAUUAACCAAUGUUCCUGACAUUCCAUUAGCCCAGGCAUGCAAGGAACUCAGGGUCAUGUGAUCACGCUAAAGUUAGCAGACAGGGAUUCAUAGGAUGAAACCCAGAGAGAGUCUGAAACCCAGAGGCUGUUCCUGUUUCAUGACCAUGACUAGAUAACACUACCAUGUUGUCCAGCGGUGCACACAGAACACAUCUUCCUAUUGUAGUGUGUCAGAGACGGUUCUGUUCUGGCAACACUAAGCUCUAUCUUGGUUAACUGGGAGGUAUGCACAUCAUGGGUAGUGGUCAGAUGGACGGCUAUCAGCUGAGACAUAAAGAUGGACAAUUCUCCUGUCUGCUGAAGAAGGUCAGAAGCUAUUAAGUGAUUUUCAAGGCCAGCACAGAGAAGGCGCCUAUCUGACGUAUGUAGAGAGUGCUGAAUGCGUUUAUUCACUUGAGUGUCCUCAAAAUAAUAACUUUUAUAAUUCACCGUAAACGUAUACACUACCAGUCAAAAGUUUGGACACACCUACUCAUUCAAGUGUUUUUCUUUAUUUUUACUAUUUUUUUACAUUGUAGAAUAAUAGUGAAGACAUGAAAACUAUUAAAUAACACAUAUGGAAUCAUGUAGUAACCAAACAAAACGUUAAAAUGGGCAAUACUAGUGACCUAAGCGACUUUGAGUGUGGUAUGAUGAUGGUUGGUGCCAGGCACACCGGAUCCAGUAUCUCAAAAACAUCCAGUCAAUGGCAGUCAUAUGGGCGAAAACAGCUUGUUGAUGACAGUGGUCGAAGGAGAAUGGCAAGAAUCAUGAAGCUAACAGGCGGGCCACAAACAGACAAAUAAUGGUGCAGUACAACAGUGCUGUGAAGAACGCCAUCUUGGAAUGCACAACUCGUCGAUCCUUGUCAUGGAUGGGCUACUGCAGCAGACGACCACACCGGGUUCCACUCCUAUCAACUAAAAACAAGAAGAAGCAGCUCCAAUGGGCACACGAUCAACAACACAGGACAAUUGAGGAGUGGAAAAACAUCGCCUGGUCCGACGAAUCCCGGUUCCUGUGGCAUCAUGCUGUUGGCAGAGUCAGGAUUUGGCGUCAACGGUACAGGCUGGUGGCGGUGGUGUACUGCCAUCCAAUCUGCAGCAACUGCGUGAUGCCAUUGUGUCAGCAUCCACCAACAUCCCUGUGGAAUGUUUCCGACUUGUAGAGUCCAUGCCCCAAACAAUUCAGGCUGUUGUUGAGGCAAAGGGGGUUCUGACCCCGUACUAGAUGGACCUAAUAAACUGGCCCGUGAGUGUGAGGGACAGAGAGAAUUAGAUCACAUUAGGCAUGUGGACAGAAGUUGGUCUCUGGGUUUUCAUUGGAAAAUGUGCCUUUUCAUAUUUACAGCACCUUGUCCAGAUAUGUCUAACAGCACAGAUGUCAUUUGUUCCCUACUUGGAGAAAGAAGUGAAGGUCUUGAGCUGUUUUGGAAGUCCCUAACAGCCAUAAUUACCGGUCCUUAAGAGCAAAACGGCACCAAAUUACAGCUCCACUCAGAGGGGACUGAAAUAGCCUGAUUCAGUUAUUUACAACUGAAGAAUGCUGGUGUGUUAUCGCACUCCACACACACACACACAGCAUACGGAUACACACACGGGGGCCCAAGCUGGUGAAUAGAAGACACAUGACAGGAAUGGCUGAGGCUUUUACUGGCUGUCUCCCCCUCGUCUUGUGUCCAAUUACCAUGGUAAGAUAUCACCAUAACAACACAGUCAGUCCACACACACCAAACAUACACACACUGCACAGCGAUAAAGGUAGCCUCAUACCUGACCUUUGAUAGUAGCUGACAUUGAGAUUGAUGAAUCAAUAUGGAAUUAAAUGAUUCUGUUAGAAGGUGAGAAGAGAGAAAACAAUUAAAGGCUCAACUCUGCAAUUUGUCAACCUCAGAUGUAGAUGAUAUUGAUACAGAGAGAUUUGCAGGCUUUCUCUAUAUUCUGCUGACUAAAGCCGGAUGUUUUUGGUUAAUUGGCCAAUAUGACCCAGAAUCCUGACUCUGAGGUUCAGGAAGGCAGGAUGGGAUUUCAUUCUCUGAUGACCACCCAGAGUCCUCCUAAACGACGGGACCCACUGGCUCACAAAGUUGUGCAUGAGUGCCUUUGGCUGUCCUGAGCCUGACCCCUCUCCUGAGGAUGUUGUGUUAAUACAGGGUGACAGUCAGUAAUCCCUCUGUUUGGUAUUAACUCCAUCUGCUACACCUCAACUUACACUGGGUAUCCCCCCACCAUUACCCCUUACUGCUUUAACUCUCACCCAGUUUCAGAGAAAAAACUGGGGGACAUACUGGACCCACAUCUCAUUCCAGCUACCCACCUACAUACAAAGGUGAGCAAUUGUGAAGUGUCCCAUGAAUUAAGUGAAUUAUACCAAAACUCUCAAUCAAGUUCAUAGCAGGUAAGACUUGGACCUCAACUCAACUCAACCCCAAACAUGAAUCUAAGCUUAGCUCCAACCCAGGCCUCAUCCUCAACCCUUGCCCUUAAACUGUCCUCCAUCCACAGCCUUGCUUUAAAUCUCACUUUAAUCCAGGCUUUAAAGGCUCAGUGCAGUCAAAUGUCUGUGUUUUAACUCAUAUUGUACAACAAAUGAUGAAACUAACACUGUAAAAGUGUGAAAACAUUUGAUCAGUGUUAUUUCCUGAUAGUUGCUGGUUGAAAAUACAAUCUACACAGGACCUUCAAGUUUCACGUUUUAUUUGUCACAUGUGAAAAGUGUAACUUGCAAGCCCUUCCCAACAGUGCAGUAAUAAAUAUCAAAAUAAUAAAACAAAACAAAAACACAAGAAAUAAGAAAGGAAGAAAAAAACAGGAGAAUGUAAGCUAUACACAGGUACCAAUUUUACAAUGUGCAGGGAUACUGGAGUAGUUGAGGUAGAUAUGUACAUGUAGGCAGGGAUUAGGAGAAAGUGACUGGUAGCAGGAUAAAUAAUAAUAAUGGUAAAUGAUAUAGCAGCAGCAUACGUGGUGGGUGGAUGGGUGUGUGCGUGCGUGGUGGUGAGUGGAUGUGGGUGGGUGGGUGUGUGUGAGUGUGUGUCAGUGUAGGCGUAUGUGAGUGUGUGAGUGAAGACCUGUGAGUGUGCACAUAGGGCCCGAUUCAGACGCACGCCUUUCCUACGCACUUCUCAGUAGUUGGUAUUCAGACACCUUAUGCAGGUGCGUAACGGACUUUGCAGGCGUGGUUCCCUUGCACACGCUGAAUAAAUUGAAUUCAACCACUGAAAACCCUCCAACUUGCUUGCCAACGUAUUUUGUCGUGGACUUUUCAUUCAACAGGAGUUUCAGUACAUUUAUCUAAAGCCAUCUCUUUACAUUUGUUGUAGCUUUCAUUAAAAUUUUCUCUACAGACUCACUAGAAUAUAUGGAGCGAAAGGUUCAGAAUAUUAGGGAGCAAUGAAAGAAAGCCAUGUAAAUACAUACAUAUUAGUCUCCUUUUCAGCACCAAUUGGUAGAUUUAAAAAUACUCAGAUCUCUAUUUAAGGUUAGGAAAGUAUUUAUGAAUAAUAAUAAAAAAAAACAGGUUUGGAGAGCCUUUACGCAUGAAAUAUAUUUGUAAAUCAAAAAUACAGUGGUUUGAUACAUCCUGAAAGUUGCACAGUAGUGCUAUAAAUCGACCCUAAUAAUCCUCACUAAUUAGCUCUUAUCAAUAGCUCUAAUCAAUUUGUAAAUUACAGUGCACCAUUCUCCAUGCAAAUGAAUGUCAUUUGGAUAAGGGGAUUGUAAAUAUAAAUGACAAUAUUUUACCUUAUGAUUGCUGGAGACAAAUGUGAAACCAGUCAUAUGGCAGAAAACUGAAGCAUAUCAACAUAUCACCAGGGCGGCAGGUAGCUUAGUGGUUAAGAGCGUUGUACCAGUAACCGAAAGGUCGCUGGUUCUAAUCCCCGAGCCGACUAGGUGAAAAAUCUGUCGAUGUGCCCUUGAGCAAGGCACUUAACCCUAAUUGCUCCUGUAAGUCGCUCUGGAUAAGAGCAUCUGCUAAAUGACCAAUUUAUUUUUAUUUACCUUUUCCACAGUGAAGUUCAUGAAAUGCUGGCCUUAUUUUUUUACAUUUUAGUCAUUUAGCAGACGCUCUUAUCCAGAGCGACUUACAGUUAGUGAAUACAUAUUUUUUUUAUACUGGCCCCCCGUGGGAAUCGAACCCACAACCCUGGCGUUGCAAACGCCAUGCUCUAUCAACUGAGCUACAUCCCUUAUAACUUGGGAUGAAAUUUUGAGACCCAAGCUAUAGGCUUCUGUAGCCAUGUGCAAAUGACAGUAUAGAACCAAACCUAUCGAGUUGGUUUAUGAUUUCUAUAAUGUUUUAAUUACAUACAGACUUUUCACUGUUUUUUUUACAAUUUGUGUCAUGUUAAAUAUUAGCCCCUAUCGGUAGCCACCUUCAGUUAUACCCACAUACAUUUGUCACUGUCACUGACUUUAGUGUUAGUUUCCUUACAUUUUGCAUCAUUCCAUUACAUCGUUAGUUUACCUUUCUUUCCUCUGUCACGUUCGUAUGGUUGUUGCUGAGGAUCGCUUGCAACAGUAUUAGGCUAACGUAUUACACCAUUUCUUAAGUCUGAAUUGUGCCCUCUCUGUUUAAAAGUCUCAUUGCUUGGGGGUAGAAGCUGUCUCAGAACAUGUUGGUCCAACUCUGAUACCGCCUGCCGAAAGGGAAUCAGAGAGAACAGUCUAUGGCAGGGGUGGCUGGAGUCUUUGUCAGUUUUUCGGGCCUUCCUCAGACAUUGCUUGGUGUGUACUGUAUGUCCUGAAUGGCUGGGAGCUCGCCCCCAGUGAUGUACUGGGCUGUCUGCACCAAACUCUGUAGGGCCUUCUAAUCAGCAUGGGCGGGAGUUUCGGCUUUCCAUGGUGACAUCACCAUGCGGUAAAUUGGUUAAUAGACCAAUAAUAAAGAGAGUUCCAAACCUCUCUGCCAAUAGAGAACAAUAUUAAUUACAUAUUUUUGUAGGCACUAACUCCGCCAUGGUUUGUUGGAUGAAUCCUAUGGGAAAACGUUUUUGUAUAAACGCCGAAAAUAAGGUCUGUGGUAAACACAGGCUUAAGAGAUCUUAUAUGUUUUGUUCUAUGAGAUCAUCUUCAUCAGCUAAUGUCACAUUUUGUGAAUUUUGAAGCAUUUAUAUAAUAAAAAAAGCACAUAGAGCACACAAAAGCUUCAUAAUUCAUAAAAGUAAUGUUAACUGACGGAUAUUAUCUCAUAGAACAAAACAUAUAAGAUCUCCUAAGCCUGUAUAUCCCAAAACCCUAUUCUUCCUCAUUCAUUUUCAGGAAUGGCUAAACGAACCAGAGGUAACUCAUUUCCGGGUUUUAGGACUACAAGCUGGCGAGCUCUAUAGCCUCUGGUUCGAGUCCCCAACAACAAGAAGUUCCAGUUUUCAGGGGAAAUGGAAAGAGAGCCUGUGACUUCUGCUUUUGGAGGUUAACAAGAAAACACACUAUCUUAACUCCUCCUCCACAUUUACUGGAUUGGUUGAACAGUGCAGAAGAGAACCUCCCCCAACAGUUUUUUUUUUUUUCUUCUUGUCAAGACCAGUAUGUAGAGGAUCUAGUUUCAGGUCUUUCUUUUACGCCUGCUACGUUAGGUUACUUUGCCAAUAACAGCUAGUUUCAGUUUUCCCUCCCCACUCAAAGACAGCUAAUUUUGCCCAUUUUAAUGUAAAUCUAUGACACCGGCCUGGUCUCAUCGACUAGACGUAACAUAGUAAAAGUAAAUUCGGUACCACAAAUUAGUAUGGUAGUGUAUGUUAUAUUUGUUAUGGUUACAUAAGACAGAUGGUUACUUAAGGCAAAAACAACAAUAGGUCGGGGUGGAUGGGUAGGCAUAUAACGUGAAUGUCUAGCAAUCAAAAGGUUACGAAUGUCAUCACGGACAACUUUAGCAUUUUCGCUAAUUAGCAACUUUUCUACUUACAACUUUUUAGCUACUUUGCAACUACUUAGCCUGUAAGCUAACCCUUCCCCUAACCCUAACCGUUUUAGCUAACCCUCUCCUAACCCUAACCUUAACCUUUUUAGAUAACACUUCCCCUAACCCUAACCUUAACCCUUUAACCUAACUCCUAAACUUAGCCCAAUCUUAACACUGACCCCUAACCCUAGCCUAGCUAACAUUAGCCAGCUAGCUAGAAUUCGUAACAUAUCAUACAUUUAGAUCAUUCUUAACAUAUAGUACGUUUUGCAAUCAUGUCAUGCAUAAUAAUAUAUAUGUUGUGACGUGACUUUCAUUAUUGUGAUGACUAUUAUUUAUCGAAUAAUGACAUCUUAUGUUUAAUUGUUACUAGAUUAAAUUAAUCAUGUAACAAUUAACACAUUAGGAAUUUGGGGCACCAUGGGAAAAGUUGUUUAACGAGUUACCAUUUCCCAAAUUAACUCUAAAGUUAUCUAGAUAUCUCUUAUCAUUUAACAGUCAUUUAUUAACCACUUACCUCAUAUCAGUCUCAUUCUGAAAGUCGUAGGCACUUUAAGUCUGCACGAACCCGGGUCUUACUGAUCAUUCAAAUGAUCGUACCACACAAAUUGAUUUAAUUAUUUAUUUACUAACUAAUUAACAAUUAUGACACAAGAUACAAACACGUACACGGUAUAGGUAGGGAUUAGAAACUUAAUACAAUGAAAACGGGUCCCUAGUGGACUAACACAAUAUGACACUUGUUACAAAAGAUGGCGAGUUAAAGAGAGAGAGAGAGAGAUAACACUUGGACACACAUGGACCUAUGCUCACAGUAAUCCUAAUACUUUGCCCAGAACUGCCGCCCAUUUGGGAAGAAAAGCAAUGCAUGUAUUUACGCGUUGGAGGUCUUCGUCGUGUAUCUCUGUUGGACCCAGGCUUUCGUGGGAAGGGGUCGAUUGGGCCUUCUCUUUCGGAUGGCCUUUUAGAUGUAAGGCUCAGAUUGUCCACGAGGUCACAAUGUCCUUCUUCUUAGUUGUCUGUUUACUUUCACUCGUUCUGGAAGUGGUCUUCUGAGGACGGCUAAUCAGCGGUGUCGAAGAUCCCCUGUGGGGUGAUGAGAGCAGUGUAGUAGACAAUGGCUUGAAGAGAGUAACAGGAUGGUCCCACUUAAAUUCACCUUCUUAGAUACAGUACUUAGAACAGCUACUCAGCCGUAAUAUUGAUUGUUAGUGGAGGCAACUUUGUCGUCUUCACCUCGUGUUGAUUUUCUGGGUCGGGACCAAUAUGGGCAAAAGCUGCAGCUUGAGGUCCGUCUAGUCUGAUCUGAUCAUUCUUAUCUCAAUCUUUUAUGCACUCUGGUAAAGAGGGGCGUUUCCGUCAUACUGACACGCUCUCUGAGCUCCCUCGGGCGUGGCUAGUUACGAGGCAAAAGUAUUAUCAUCACUAUGAUUUUGUUAGAAAGCUAAAAUCAUAUUCCUAUCUUCACGAAAACAUUGUCUUCCUCCUUGAUAUUUUCUACACAAGGUAAAGGAUGUAAACAUGAUAUACACAGUGUAAAAGCUCUUCAAGUCACAAUGUUUUCGUUAUAACGCCUUUAUACCAUUUUUUAUGACAUCACAGAAUAUACAUUAAUUUUCCAUAUUCCAUUUCUCAUCAUUCCCAACGUUUGGAUGUUGAUAUAUAUUGUCCCAAUGUUCAUUGUUGAAUGUUGAAGUUUUUGGGCGGCAAAAAGUCUCUGAAACAAAGGCAUUCCUUUCUCCAUACUAGAAUGCCAGAGAUAGAUUAUCCUCCUCUCUAAUUGAUGGCAGUAUUAAGGUGUCAAGACCGGCACAGCCCCCCUGUGGGUAAGAGGGUCUGGUUGUUGUCAGCCAUUUGCCAAGCUGAUGUGAGGCCUUUAAUCCUCACCCAGGGAGAGUCAUGACAUAUAUUUACACCUCUACAUCAGUAGUAUAAAUAUUCUGGAAUCCUGGUUAAAAUUGCAUACAGAAUUUCCCUUCAUAAUAUGUUGUUUCCUGAUUUUUUUUAUUUAUUUUUUAUUUAACCUUUAUUUAACCAGGUAAACCAGUUGAGAACAAGUUCUCAUUUACAACUGCGACCUGGCCAAGAUAAAGCAAAGCAGUGCGAUAAAAACAACAACACAGAGUUACAUAUGGGGUAAAACAAAACAAAGUCAAAAAUACAACAGAAAUACAUAUAUAUACAGUGUGUGCAAAUGUAGCAAGUUAUGGAGGUAUGGCAAUAAAUAGGCUAUAGUGCAAAAUAAUUACAAUUAGUAUUAACACUGGAAUGAUAGAUGUGCAAGAGAUGAUGUGCAAAUAGAGAUACUGGGGUACAAAUGAGCAAAAUAAAUAACAAUAUAGGGAUGAGGUAGUUGGGCGGGCUAAUUUCAGAUGGGCUGUGUACAGGUGCAGUGAUCGGUAAGGUGCUCUGACAACUGAUGCUUAAAGUUAGUGAGGGAGAUAAGUGUCUCCAGCUUCAGAGAUUUUUGCAAUUUGUUCCAGUCAUUGGCAGCAGAGAACUGGAAGGAAUUGCGGCCAAAGGAGGUGUUGGUUUUGGGGAUGACCAGUGAGAUAUACCUGCUGGAGCGCAGACUACGGUUGGGUGUUGCUAUGGUGACCAAUGAGCUAAGAUAAGGCGGGGAUUUGCCUAGCAGUGAUUUAUAGAUGGCCUGGAGCCAGUGGGUUUGGCGACGAAUAUGUAGUGAGGAGCAGCCAACAAGAGCGUACAGGUCACAGUGGUGGGUAUUAUAUGGGGCUUUGGAGACAAAACGGAUGGCACUGUGAUAGACUACAUCCAAUUUGCUGAGUAGAGUGUUGGAGGCUAUUUUGUAAAUGACAUCGCCGAAGUCAAGGAUCGGUAGGAUAGUCAGUUUUACGAUCUGCCACAUCCACAGUGAAACUGUGCCAGUUUGGGGCUGGGUAGUAAUCCACAAAUCAAACGACUGGGAGACAUCUCAUGGUAAUGGAGAUACCUUUAUCCCGCCAUGAUAGAGGGCUCCGUCUGGUUCAUGGUGUCACGUCCCCAGGCCCUCUGGCAGUAACUCAUUAACGGGUCCCAGGUCCCAGAGGGGGUCCCAUCUGUGUGCCACCUGCACUAAAUCACCACAACCAAAAUCUCUCUCUCUCUCUCUCUCUCUCUCUCUCUCUCUCUCUCUCUCUCUCUCUCUCUCUCUCACCCCCUCUCUCUCUCUCUCACCCCCUCUCUCUCUCUCUCACCCCCUCUCUCUCUUUUACAGCAUGAUGGGUUGACCACUUUAGCCCUCAGAUGUAAAUGAGGCAGAGAGUGUCGCUGAUGUUCUCAUUCCAGGACAUACUUUUCUUUAUUCAUCACCAGGCUGGCACUCAUUACCUAGAGUGAUUCAUACAGGGUUGCCAUUGCGUUGUUUGAUCCCAUCCCAGGUUGUGGUUUAAAAUUAUCUCUAAACUGUCAUUGCACAAUGCAAACCAGUUUGAGGUACUAUGCACUGAGUGUACAAAACAUUAGGAACACCUGCUCUUUCCAUGAUAUAGACUGACCAGGUGAAUCAAGGUGAAAGCUAUGAUCCCUUAUUGAUGUCACCUGUUAAAUCCACUUCAAUCAGAGUAGAUGAAGGGGAGGAGACAGGUUAAAGAAGGAUUGAGACAAUUGAGACAUGGAUUGUGUAUGUGUGCCAUUGAGGGUGAAUAAUCAAGGCAAAGAUUUAAGUUCCUUUGAAUGGGGUAUGGUAGUAGGUGCCAGGCGCACUGGUUUGAAUGUGUCCAGAACUGCAACGCUGUUGGGUUUUUCACGCACAACUGUUUCCCGUGUGUCAAGAAUGGUCCACCACCCAAAGGACAUCCAGCCAACUUGACACAACUGUGGAAAGCAUUGAAGUCAACAUGGGCCAGCAUCCCUGUGGAACGCUUUCGACACCUUGUAGUCCAUGCCACGACGAAUUGAGGCUGUUCUGAGGGCAAAACGGGGUGCAACUCAAUAUUAAGUGUUCGUAAUGUUUUGUACACUCAGUGUAUAUCAGUGUGGCCAGGAAGUUGCAGUCGUAUACUAUACAUCUAAACUAGGUCUGUGAUGCGUGUGAUAGAAGGAGUCAGGUGCAGGAGAGUAAUACGCAUCUAGAACGUUUAUUCCGUCGAUAAACAGUUGCGCAAGCACGCGACAAUAAAACUCAGGCACAGGGGAAAUAUCUACCCUGGCAACAACAAGGUAAGGGUAGCUCAACCGAGCUACACACAGCUCACAACAAACAAUCACCCACACAGACAAGGAAGCAGAGGGAACACUUAUACAAUUACUAAUUGGGGAUAAGGACCAGGUGUGUGUGAUGAAUUAGACAAGACUAGUGGAGUGAUGAUAAAUGGAUCGGCAGCAGCUAGUAAGCCGGUGACGACGAACGCCGAAACCUGCCCGAACAAGGAGGGGAGGCAGCCUCGGCGGAAGUCGUGACAAGGUCAUUUUACGGAACUACCAUGAAUGCCUUGUAGGUGUGCUCAACAUGGGCGUAGCAGGGAAAACAGUAAAUGAUAGCGAUUGGCCCAUAUUUCACCUCUGUGUCCCUGAGGAACAACUACUGGAGCCGGCUUUUCCGUUAUGUGCGGAGGCA